UGCAGUGCUGAUUGUGAUUGCACACACACUCACGCACACACACACACACUCUCUCAUACACACACACACUCACAUACACACACACACACAGGAGCGUAGCUGAGAGGCAAGGACUGCAGCAGCAUGCACCAACCGCGGCUGAGCUGUUCGGGGACACGAGGAAGGGGAAGUGAGGGGAGAAAAUAGUGUUGCUUUCUCACAGCAGCCUGCGCGUGCAUCUUUUUGCAGCCGUGGGAAGGAUGCAUUUCAAGAGAGGGUAGCUUAUGUUAUCCGGCCUCCUCUGCACUGCCUCUGCAUCCCGUUCACCCUGCUCCUCCCACUCCAACUCUUCCUCCUCCUCCUGUCUACAGCAUCAUUAGACAGGACUACAGAUUGACCGGGACUAGCGAGUGCUGGAUGGUCAGGUUUGCCCCGGCUGAAAGAUUUCUGCUGUGGCUAAAGCUACAUCUUCUCCCUCUCUGAUGGCUGGAUUGUAAUCGACAAUUGGAGCUAAAACCUGCGAGGAAUCUUGGAUGUGUGUGUCAUUCUUUACCACUGUUGUCAUUGGCGCAUUUCCUCUAUUUGGCUGCUUGUUUUUGCCUUCUCUGAGACUGGCUAGCAGGCACUGCAGCAUCAGGACCGCAAGACCCAUGAAGUGGUAGGGCAUGAGGACCCAGGGGCGACCCAAAGGAAGGGAUUGAGUGCUUCCAUUGCUACCACUGCUGCUGAGGUGCUUAUCUUGAUUUUUUUCCUCCAGAAAAGGGUGUCUGGUGGGGGUUGGGGAGGGUGGUGACAGCUCAGGUACCCAGGCCCCUGCAGAGAGAAGCGGGCGGCUCUUGCGUCGAGGCAGGCAGGACGUCCUGUUGGGGGGGGAAGGGGGGUGAAGAAGGGCCGGCUCGAGCAUUGGAGCUCCUGAUGGUGGCUAUUUUUGUCUCCCCUAGCUGAGUGAUUGGGACAGCGGGUGGAAGAGAAGAUGCUGAUGGCCCGAGACACGGCGCGGGACGAGGCUCAGAAGCUUCACAGAAAGUGGCUGAAGCACCAGGCCUUCAUGGCCGAACUGGCUCGCAAUAAGGAAUGGCUGGCCAAGAUAGAACAGGUGAGUGGAGGUGACCAGGGGCAGGAUGGUGGAUGGGGAGAGGGGCAGGUGAGUCGCAGGGGGGGAGGGUGCCACGCAAGGGAGAGCACAUGACAUGAGAAAGAGUGUUGAUGGAGGGUGUGGUGGCAGGAGAACUGAAGAGGUGAGAGUGUGAGAGGUGUCAUCACUCAGCUGUGUUUCAUCACCUGGCCUGGGGACAUCCUGAAUUACAGUCUCAAGGUUAUGAUGCUACACCGGCUGCGUUGUUUUCAGGCUCACAGGUGGUAUGAUCCCCGUGGUUCUCUGCUCUUUUUGAGGUGAAAAUAUCAGAGUCUCAUCGCUCAGUUAUGGAGGUUAGAGUGAAUCAUAUAGAGGACACGCUGCAGCACUGAAGGCCUCCUUCGCUUUAGUCUGUUUGAAAUGGUUUCUGCUAGCAACACACAGCUGAUCACUUCUGAUCGUGAAAACAUUCUCAGGUCCUCCGUCUUCCCCCUGCAUUCCCAUCAUGCUUUGCUUCAUCCCAUCCAUGCUGGAUGUUCUCAGUGCCCUCUGCCUCGGUGAAGCUGAGGUGGGCUCUUCAGAUGUAAAUUAGCCGACAAGACUCCAUUUCUGCUAAUAGCACCUUGCAUAUGGCGGGUUAGAGUGACAAACACUGCUGCUGUCAGAGAAAUGUGUGUCAGUUCAGUCACAUGUGAGGCUGCUGUUGGUGGUGAGGACAUGCUGAGCAUACAAGACAUGUGCAUUAAGCUUUUAGAUGAGUGGGGUUUGAUCUAACGGGUUCUGUGGCUCAUAUUGCAGAGAUGUGCAUCAUGUCAGAUGUAUAAUUUGUCUCUUUUGUGCGCAUAGUAUGAAAAAUUAGGAUUAAAAAUGAUCAUUAUUUGAUUAAGUCAAAAAAGGCCCCAGCAUCAAAUUACAAACAGAUUUAUUUCUCUAGUUUUUAACUUGGUUUGAAUACUAGCACUUGCCAAGGACUGGUGACAAUAUAACACCUAUGGGCUGUGGCAAAUUUAGGUGAGCUCCUGAUGCAGUUGGCUAUUUCAGAAAAGAAAGAACCAGAGGUGUUAUUUUUUAAGGAUGUUCACAGUUUUACAGCUGGAUCAGCAUCAUGGAAAGCAAGAUUGGAGGUGAAGAGGAAUGACCAAGUCCACGGGCAAAAAAAAAAAAAAAAAAUGUCCAAACCCCAGCAUAGGACCUUAUUUGUGGAAUGAUAUGUUUCAGCUUUUAGCCUUUAUUGGGGUCAUUAUAAAACAUAUAACAAACAAAAGACAUUUAAAUAGGAUAAGGUGCAGGAAAAAAGCCUGAAAACACCUGAUCAAGUGCAUUCCCUUAUCAUCACCAAUGGACCUCAUUGGACUCUUAAUCUGAACAGUAACUGGCCUGAAACCACAUGACUAAAUGCUUAGCCCUCCUUGCAGUGGCCUUAUUGGCUGACAUACAGGUGGAUGCAUUUGAUUGGAUGUUUUUGACAUUCUUAAUAUUUCAACCUAACCUAAGUAUAUAUUGUUGAAGGUAUUGUUGAGUUUUUCACAUUUUUAGUUUUUUAUUUCUUCCCCAUGAACAUUAGAAGAAGCUGAAGUUGUGUCAGAAUCUGCAGUGAUAUGAAUAUGUCUGUGGUUCUUGAUUAAUAAAAUACAAAACUGCUGCUAGAUGAUAGCUAAUGUACUAUCAAUCAUUUUAUUUACAUAACCCUAAAUCAGAGCUGAAGUAAUCUUCAUAACACCUUACUAAAUAAACAGCAGCAGCUAUAUAUGCUUCAUUUCAAACAGAACCUAGCUUGAACAUGAUUUCAAAGAGAAGAAGCAAAGAGUUUCCGUCUCUAAUGUGUUCCCAGUGGUUUAUUAUAUCAGUUAAAAACGUAAGAUGACUUUGAUCUGUCCUCACAUUUUCAUCAUUUUGCGCAAGCAGAGAUAACUUAAGCAGCUCAAUAAUGAGUACUGUUGUAUUUGGCUGUUGUAAUUUAACACUGCAGAUUACUUAUCACCAUAUCAAGAUGCUUUGUCACAUUUUACAUGCAUUUAUGUCAUUGUUAAUCCCUCAAGCAAAGGGUAAUGUAUAGUUAGCCUGUGGUUUUGUCCCAACAAGAUGAGAUCCUGAUGUAAAGCUUGAUUUUUUUAGAAACUAGGGUGUGAUUCACACAGCCUGUAUAAAUAAUACCUUUAUUAAGGCCACUGUUGACCACUUAAGGAAUCAGUAUUUUGGACAGUCUACAGGUUAUAUGGGCUAACUAAUGGGCUGAACUUAAUGCUUAGCUCCUGUGAUAACGAAAUGUAUCUACAUAUGUGAAGGUGUUUCAUGUGAAGAUAAAAAGAGCCUCCUUGAUUAUUUCUCAAUGCUUUAAAGUGACUCUAAAAAGUAGAUCCUGUGUCUACAUAAUUGUAGGACCCUCUUGGCUUUUAUUCUGAGAUUUUUAGCCUUGCCCUCUGAAAUGAAAAAGGGAUGUGAAUAUCCAAACUCGGUGCUUGUUUUUGCCAGAAAACAGGAAAAGAAACAGACCGUGUGAUUUCAUUUUUCAUUCUUUCAAUUGUGGUUUCAGUAAAACAAAAAACAUGUAACUAUACUCAAGCCAAAAAAGAAAAACAGGGAAUAACCAAAGAUGGAAAACAGGCCAAUUUUGAUUGGAUUUUGGUUUAUUUGAUUUGGACAGUAAAACAGUUACCGUGUUUCUGGUUUGGAAACAAUAAGCAGAUUUACUGUUGCAGUACUUUCAAAUGAUCCUCUGACCUAUGAUCACGACGGCAUAAGGUUUCAUUUUCUUUAGAGGUUCUUUCAUGGUAACAUAGAGGAACACUCACCAGCUCUGCUGCCCUCACCUGGAUGUCAGAACAGUAUCCCACAUUCAAAUAUCCAUCUUAUUUAGCCAAACAAUUUUGCAUGUUUAUACCACGAUGUUUACCCAUAUUAGGCUAAUGGAAAUGUAUUUUUAUCUUCAGUGUCAACAAACAGAAUUAACAGUGCUGGGACUCUUUUCUGAAGAUUGAUUUGAUAUGACAUUUGUGAUCUGUUGGUCUCUGGUUUCGCCCUCGCUGUUCAGAAUUAACAGCAGUUAAGCAAUACCAGGUGAUAAGUUAGAAAAACAGGUAAUAAUGAGUGUUAGCAGCAGGUAUUUUCAGUUAUUAGCCUGUGUAGAGCCAAUCAGGUGUGAGAGUCAACACUCUAAAAAGAGAUUUUUACUGAUUGGCCAGAUAAAGUAAAAACGUCAUUCCUUCAACACGGUUUCUAUCUAUAUUGGAUGUUAAACUCAACUCAUUGAUAUAAGCCUUGUGUCUGCAUGAUGAAAACUUGUGGUACAAACUAACUUGUUUGAACAGCACAUGCUACUCUUUGUCAACAGCGACUAGGAAGAACCUAUUUUUAAAAGCUAAAAACCCAAGGCUGGACCAGACUCAUCCAUUUGUCUUGACUAGAUGAGAAAUACAGGCCCUUUUAAUCUUUCUGAAGAUGGUUUUCCCCCUGACAACCAAAACUCAACAAGACACUGGCAAAUAAAACCAUAAAGCCAAAUCUAAGGCUUCAAACACCCCAGGUCUUUUCCUUUACCCACAAAUUUGCCAGGACAUAUGUCUGUAGACUACACCCACGUUGUAUAGAGUCAGUGGGCAGAAUUGGACUCAUGGGAAACAGCUACUUGCCUUGACUGACCUAGGACACCAGUCCCUUUACUCUAGUCAAAGCUGUUUUUCUUUUGGCAACAACUGAAGCCCGUAAAGAAACUCCAGUGAAUAAAAGUGUAAAGUCAACAAUCUUAUCCUGCUUUCUUUUAACAAGCAAACACAGUACUCACUUGGCAUAUUUGCAAAAGGUUGUUUCUUCAGUGUGCUGUCGAUUAUCUAGUCUGACACCCAUCCUCUCACAACAGUUACAGGCAUUAGCAACUACAUAAUGGGACUUGUCGAUAUAGUUGCAGAGAGUCUAUUUUUUGGGGUUUCAGUCAGUUUCAUAACCAGUGAAAAAUUCCUCACAGGAGCUUUAAAAUCAUGUUAAGUUUGCACUGUUAACACAUUUAACCAAACUGCUGAUUGACGGUAUGAAGUAUUAAUACGUCAUGAUGUAGUGGCUUCAUACUGAGGGGGGUGCAGAGAUAGAACUGUGACGUGCUCUUUAGCAUUUAGCCCUCCAGCUGCAUGAGGACAUUCACAAAAUGUCAGAAAAAAACUCAUUUGCAGCUUGAUUCCUACAAUUCACCCUGAUGCUAUUUGGUUCUUCUGAUACAUUUUAUUCAUCAUGCACAGUGAAUUCAGGUUACUGUUACUGUCCUGUUAUUUUAACUUUGAAUCUUUAUAAACAGGAGUGGCUCACUUCAAUAUGACCAAACUAUGAGUGCUUAUGUGCACUUACUGUAUUUUUCAAACUAAGGGAGCAUUUACAUGUUGUGGCAGAGUGGUGAAGUUUAACAGACUGUGACCUCUCCGAAAUGAUUGAGUAAUACGUCUCCAGUAAUAUCCUGGGAGGUGAGGUUGACAUAUCAAAGAGUUUUAAUUAUUAAUUCAUUAUUGAAUACAUUAAGAAAUUCAUUGGGCUGUAUAGAUUUUUACACAUUAUUUUGUGUAGUAUGUACAGAUUAUUAAAUAUUUAUCAGAUAACAUUGUAUCUAAUUAUAACUGUGGAUCUUGAAGACCAGCUCCCUUCCUGUACAUAACCUCAUACAGUAGUCCCUGUUAGCCACGGUGAAGGGGUUUGUGUGUCCUUUCAGGUAAAUCAUGCAGGAGACUUUUCUAGUUUCUGGGACAUACUUGAACUCUGUAAGGUCACAGUGCAGCAGGUGAUAAAAAUGAUUUCUGCAUUCCUUACCUUUACUUCACUCAUAUACUGCAAAAUUUAAACAGAUGUUUGAGUCUUAUUUCAAAUAAAAAUAUGUCCUAUUAAGCUGAAUUGAAUCAAAAGUCAUCCAACAAGUCCAGACAAAUGUCUCAUUUUGAAAUAAUGCAGAGCAAAAAUAAAAUCUGUCAUACUUUUAAUGAGCAAAGAAAAUCUUUUAAUGUAUUAAAAAAAUAUUUGCUAUUCAAGUGUAUUGAAGUAAAAGAGGAGCACCUUCAAAUAUCUUCAAGAACUUUACAAGGACAUUUUUACAUUCCAUUUGCAGAUGAUUUGAUCAUUACAAGCAGUUCAGUUCUUAUUUUUGGCAUAUAAUUUCUUAAAAUAAAACAUUUUUCUGGAUUUGUGGGCUGGAUGUAACUAAUGAGUACAAAAUAUUUGUACAAAAUAAGAAAAUACUUGGUAACAUUGGGGAUACCCAUUGGGGUUUAUUCCCUGAGUCUGUAAAUCUCCCUGGGUUUGAGAGUGGAAGUUAAGACAUUGCAGGUUAAAAAAUACUGUCGGUCUGAGGUCGCAAUACCACGCUAACAUGUCUGUGUUAGAUUUAAAAUCGUCAGGCAUGGACAGUUUCGAAGUCAAAAAUGUAUGAAUUAUGGUACUUUUGUGUCAUGACUAUAAAGUUUAUUUAAAAUUGCUCAAAUUCAGAAGUCGUGCCUCUCAUGUACAGGAGCUUUGGUCCAGGCUCAAAUCUGACACAUGGCUCUUACUGCUUGUUGUGCUCCUAGACUGUAAAUAGAAUGUACUUAAUCUGCCUCCUCGCUGGGUCAAGCCAACCCGAGAACAGCACCCUCUGGUGACGGGCUGCAGUAUAGGUCAUAAAUUCUGCCUCCUCCAGCAAUCUGUGGACAAACUUUAGAAAUGUAUUACACAGAAUUUAAAUUUUUCUCACCCCUGCUUGCGAUGUUCACAUGUAGUUAGUGUAAGACUGAUUUGUGCUCAAGUCCUCUUUUUUCUCUGUACAGCUCCAUUUUUAAAAGUUAUUAGGGGUUUCAUGUCUUUUAUGAUUGACACCUGAUACAGCCUAUGAGCGUACAAAGAUUGCAUAGCUCACCCGGGGGAUAUGCUGUAUGAGCCAAGCAUCAUCACAGCGACUUGGCAACUCUCCCGCUGAAUGCGCACAAUGCUACUGCGCAAUGUUAGUUUCAGGAAAUGGAGAAAAAUCGCGGAAAUUCCAAGAGCUUUUUGGCUUCAAAUCCGUAUACUGGCGGAAGACGGAACUAAGUUGUCCUUAGUAUAUACAGUCUAUGGUUGUGCCAAGCUCCUGUGAUGCAUGAAAAGUAUGACCCUACAUUUGUCAAAAAUGUUCAUCAACACCAAUUCUGUUGCACAUGACAACCAAUCUCUUCUUGGUCCUCAAGCCUUUGACAGAUAUUUUAUGAAUGCUUAAAUUAAAGAUGCAGAGUACAGAAACAGGAAUAUUUUGCAACAUCUAGCUAUCAUUCAAUUGCUCCUUUGCUCACCCCUCCCUCCAGUGGAGGGAUUGUGGCCUACGAAGACAAGAAGCUCCUAUAAUGCUUUGUAAUUAUGACCCUUUAUUCAAGUUUUUACCAUCAAAAACAUCUACAAACACAUUUUUUUUAUGCACACAACAGUCACUGUGCCUUUAAAUUUGCUGAAAAGUCAUCACAUAAAUGGAUUACUACAAUUAUGUGAAUCCCUCAUAUUAUGUGUGACUGGCUCUUGUACAUUACUAGUGAUAUUUUAAUUUGGACAUCAAAAUGAUCUCCUCGAGUCAGCCAGUGUUGUGCAACUUCAGCUUACUAGCUUAGCCCCAGUAUGUUUUGUUUGAUUGUGAAAAUGUGACGUGAGUAGAAAGUAAUACUGGUGAUUAAAAGAGACAUAGCUGGUCUGCUGUUGACAUCCUCUCAAAGAUAAAACAUAAAAUUGAUAUUUCCUGAGUGAAAUUAACAACUACAUUCAACAGUACAGUUGCUCUAUUUGGCAGCUGUAAAAAAAAAAAAAAAAAAAAAAAAAAAAAAGGACCUGCCUGGACAUGUCUCAGCCCUGUCAGUCUCAUAUAAACACUCACUGCUUUUCAGUUAGUGCUGUUGUUAAGCCUGUACAGUUAAAAUGCAGGUACACAGCUAACAAAUGCUUUAAACUAUAGUAGCGGCAUAGUCAGGGCCACAACAAAACAGCUCACUGUCAAAACAGCCUGUCAGAUGAUGCAGUAAAACUCUCCAUCAGCUCUUUGAACACUGCAGUAAAAAGAAAAAGAAGCUAGUUAUUAUAUCCACCUGUGAUUGGUCCUGGGUAGACUGUGUCACGUCAGGCAGGGAAGCCUGUUUUUUUAUUUUGAAUACAGGGGUUUUGAAAGUUUAAAAGGAGACACAGCUGUCCCUUUACCUGUUAGCAAAACUAGCUAUCAUGCUAACCCAACAUAGUCCAAUUACUCAAGCAAGGAGCAUCCUACUCUCAUGUCACAAAAUACAAAAAAAAAAAAAAAAAUGUUCAGCACAGUAAGACCGUAACAUGUUUUGUUGUAGUAAGUUUGAUUUUUUUUUUUUUAACCUUUUGUUGAUAUUUUCCUGUUGAGAAGCAGUAUCUUUGCAUCUAUGACCAACUCCAGUCUUUUGAAUGUUUUAGGCUGCAGCCUACACCAUCACCAUGUUUGAACACUUUUACGUGUCCUCUCUGUUUACUCUUAUUUUGAUGGUGUGGAUUCUCAUAUCACCAACACUCAUCAACGUACCAUAGCUUACCUAUGUAAGCAGCCAAAAUGUGUCCAACAGCAAAUCAACUGUAAUUAUAAAUAUCUAAAGUUGCAAGCCUUUCAUGGAUUUUUUUUAAUCCCCCUACACAGAAUGUCAGAGUUCUGCAAAGGAACAGGUUCAUAAAUCAGCAUCAUAUAAAGCUCUGUACCAUAACUCAACUCGUUACCUGCAAGUUACACAUUGUCAAAUCCGGACCUGACUGGACCUGUAAAUAUAAGAAUUGACCUGACCCAUUACUAAACACAACAUUUGCACAGUUGUGCAAAAGUCAGAAAGGCAGUACACAUUCACAUGCAAGUGUGACACAGCACUCUUACAGCCAGUUACAGAUACCACAACUGUCUAGUCUCAUCUCAUCUAUUUUCUUUCUUGUUCUGUUCAAAUAUUUUCUAUGUUGAAAUCCAUUCUGUUCUAUUCCACUCCACUCUGUUUUAUUUUACUCUCAACUGCUCUAUCAUUAAAUCUAUUAUAUUCUGUGUUCAGAUCCAUACUACCAAUUCUGUUCCAUGUUUUGAGCCAGUCCAUUUUAUCCUUUUCUCUGUUAUUCAUAUUUAGAUCUGUUCUUUUUCUUUCUGUAUUACUCUAUGCUAUGUUGGGAUCUAUUCAGCCAUCUUCUAUUCUAUAUUUUAAUCAAUCCUGCUCUGCUUUAUUCUAUCCCCUUUUCAUUCUAUUCUACUCUAUUCUAUGUUGACAUCUGUCAUCUAUUGUAGUCUUUGUUUUAAUACAUUCUAUUCCAUUCUGUUUUUCCAGUUUUGUUAUAAAGUUAAUGUAUUAUUGUCUAUUAAAUUUGAUUCUUUUUCACUCUAUUCUUUCACUCUAUGCUUUUUCCACUCCUUUAUUCUUUUUAAUCUUUUAUACUUACAUAUUAUAUAUUGUAUGUUUUAUUUCAAUUUUACUAUAUCUAUUUUUGUUUGUAUUUACAUUCUAUUUGUUAAUGUAAUUUUUUUAAACAAUUUUCUCUCAUAAUAUUUUUUUGUUUUACAAUGUCCCAUUAUCAUGGUUCACUGAAUGUUCUAUUCAUUUCGAUUCUAUUCUAUAUUAUUGUAUUCUAUUACACCUCAUUCUUUCUUUGUUUGUUUUUUUUUUAUCUUUUUAUAGGAUCUUUAAAGCUUCACUGUGUGCUUUUUUUCAUUUUUUCCAUUCAAAAUUUGUUUAGACAUUUAAUGAAAAUUUCUGUCUUAGUCCAUAAAGAAAUAAUUCAAACUUGACAGCUGUGUGCAACACACCCUUAAGUUCCAAACAUACCUCUGGCUAAUGUGACAGCUUCUUGAGUUUGUUUGAUGCAAAUACUCACAGUUAUAAAAAGUUAAUGAUUCUUGUAACAUGUUUUUGUAGCAUAGAACAAGCUUUCAAGAUUAAACCAAAAUAAUCUUUUAAAAAUGAAUGGACAUUAACCAGAAUGAUUGAUCUGAUUGAACUUUUACAGGACUUGGGUCCAGCAUGUUUCACAAGCCUUUGUUUAAAAUAUCUACUGGAGUAUGUGAAAUGAGUGUAGAUUAGCGGGCAGAAGAUGGCUGAACCAAAGAGGUUGUCUUGUCUGUCCUGACUGGCAUCAUUUCAAGAAGUUCUGUACGAAACUCAGGACAGACAGUUACAGAGACCAUAAUGUCUCCACAGCCCUGCUAACAUCACCUAAUCUACCCCCAUCACUCUCUCUGUUGUUACCUGAGAGACAGAGAGAAGAGAUGACGCCGCGUCCUGCCGUGAUCGGAGAACUCAGCGUCCUUUUGGAAGGGUUCCCGCCUCGGCCCCUCACCUCUGUUCUCUCUCAGUACUUACUCAGCACAUGAAGCCACCACAGUUCCAGCCGGCUUUGGACGUAGAGGAUCUGUGGGAGCUUCUCUGUUACAGCCAGAGGACUCACAGCUGACCUUGUGCCAAGCCUUUGCGUGGGCUCAGGGGUCACUGAUUUGUAAACACACAGAUGAUGGGACUGAGACGCUGAAACACAGAUCAUUGACAGUCUAAUAAGCAAGACUUGUGGUUUUUAAGAGGGAUACCGGAUUAGUUGGUCUCCUUUUUUUUUUUUUUAAUUCUUACCCUGUCUUAAAUUUUUCAUAGUUUUGGGAUCAACAGGAAUGUUUCUUUUUCUAACAAAAGAUUUACUCAUUUGUUAAUAUUUUCAAACCUUAUAUGCUGAAUAAUUAGAGAAAAAAAACUUUAAAAAUGAAUAAAUUAAAAAUGUAUUAUUGCUUACAUCUCAGCCCCCUCCUAUUUAUUUAUUUGAUUAAAUGGACUAAAUCGAAGGAAAUUAUACUGAUCACACAAGAGGACAGAAUAUAAUUUUAAUACGUUUUAAUUGCUUUCAUAUUUAUUUUCAGCAUGUUUUUGCCAACAUGCUAAAUUCAGCACAGAUUAGCCGGUGUUGCAAAGAAAGUCAGGCACAGACACAAAAUAAAACAUCCGGCUUCUUUUCAAAAUAAAACACUCUGUGUUUCAGGCGGAUUGUAUUUCACACCAUGCAAAUGGGCGGGGAUGAACGAGUGAAAAGUUUAUGGACAGUGUUUCUCCCUGAUGACACCAUAGAUGAGGAGAUGCUGAUUUUAUAAGCCUAGAAGUAGAUUUCCUCCUCUGGAAGGACACAAUCUACUGCUUAUAUGUUAUAUGUGGCUUAUCAUGUGAUUGCAUGUGAAGACUCCCACCAAAAAACCCAUCCAUGCAGUGUAACCAGGAUCUAGCCAGCAGGCCAAUUAGCCGUCUGGUUAGGGUUAAUUCUGACAAAAUACAAAUGCUUGUUUAUCUGUUGUCUCAAAGCCUAGUUACUGCAACAUGUAAAGUGGCCUGUGAAAGCAUGAUUUAAAGCUGCUGCAAGGAGCUUUUGUUUCGUUUGCUUUUGAGGGUCAAGGAGGCAGCAGUAUUCAUUUAAGUUUGUUUCUAAACCAGUAAAAAAAAACUAUAGUGCCUUUAAAUUGUGUAUUGGAUCAAAUUGACUCCAUUUAUUUGACAGUCACUGGUCUCAACAGUAUUAAAAUUUCAAUGUAAAUUCCACAUAGUAUCUUUGCUUGGUAGUAAUGCGUUCAGUGCAUUUAUGUAUUGUUGACAUUAUCUAUAAUUGCCUAAUUAAAAUGAAUUUAAUGGUUGAAAUUAUCUAUAAAAAAUUCAAAGUAGAUUCUCAGUGUGUCACAUUUGCGGGGCUAAAUGUGACAUAAAAUCCCUUAUAGCUGUCAGGGAUCAGAACCCGAUUUGCUGCAUGCUAUCUCACUGUCCCACUGUCUCAGCUUACAGGGACAUGAAACACUUUAGUUUUUCCCUGCCUGAAGAUGUCAAAAUGUCACGCUGGGAAAAAAGGCCUGUAGUUCAGAGAAAAUAACUUAACAGGACCCAAUUGUAAGUGUGUGUUUGUCAGUGGCUAUUUUUAAGAGACUGAUGCUCGUGAGAGUGUUAAACAGGGCGGUGUACAGUGAUGCCACUCACAGUAAUGGAGGACUGUCCCCUGUAAGUGUCUGGGCUCUUUAAUGUGUUUUUAAUAGUUUUUGUCAACAACAAACCAUAAUCAGUGCUUUAUGCUGCUGUCUCUCCUCUGUUCAGUGCAAAUCAAUCAAAGUCUUUGAAAGGUCACUUUUUAUUUAUUACUGAUGGGAAUUUCAGUGAUUUUUAGUGAUCCAGAUCAUUUGGCUCAGCUUAGCAUGAAGAGUCAGCUCUGUCAGCUUCUAAACAGCUCUACAUAUUCCUAUCAUGGCUUUUGUUACAGAAGACAGUUUUUAGCAUUAUUUUAAAUACGAUUGAUAAUUGAGUAUGCAUUUUACUUAAAUUAUGAAUCGUUAUUAGAAUCAACCUUAUUAUUUCCAGCAUAAUAAGGUGCUCACACCAAGCGCAAGUAAAAUCAUUUACUCACAUGAUUAGCGCAAAUCUAGACAUAUUAAUAAAUAGUAUGUACUCACUUCGUUUGCGCAUCAACAGUAAUAUCAAUGGUAAUCCCUGCCAAUUCAACCGUCGGGAUCAAGUGAUAGACAAAGUUUUUUUUACAGUUUACCAGGUAAUCCGACCUCCUCACUUACUUGCCUUCAGACAAGCUCCUUUUUAUUCAGUAAUUGAAAGAAAAGGUAUCAUUUAAUUCGGGGCACCCACACACAGACACGAUCAGUUUGUCCUCCAUUUAGAUACCAGUGAACAACCAUCCAUUUUCAUAUGUCACCCAGCAAUCUUCAUGCCGAUUGGUUAUCGCGUUGCGAAUAUCUGCUCAAGUUGAGACAUUUUCAGCUCCCGCCCAAUUCGCGUCAUACGCGCCACCAGAGUAGCAGGAGCGUCUGGUCGCGUCUUUUUGCCUUGACUUUACAUGUAAUUCAGUCUCGUGAAGGAUUUUACUUGGGCUUGUUGCGUAGAGAUUGUAAGAGUAUUUUUAAUCAUGUUUGUUAUCAAAACAUUAACAUUGCACCAUUUAGCACGACUAGGCCGGUGCCAUAUCAUAUCAUAUAUCCUCAACAUUAACUGCAAUUAUAUAAUCUGAAUGUACAACAGAAAAUUAUAUACAAAUAUAAUGUCAUAUCGUGACGUCACCUCACAGUAGGUCUUCUUUAGCAUCAGAGCAGAGCCACAUGGACCUACACUCACAGCCUCCUACUCCUCAUUUCACAGCUUGAUGUUAAUGUCUACAAUCAAAAUGCCUCCGUCAUCAGGUAAACUAAAGUCUUCAUCACUACAGGUUCCAAGGCUGUGUAUAACAGCAACAUUUAGUGGGUGCACUUGCUUGGUCUGCGUCUUACUGGGGCCUUAACUUCGAAUUUGCACUGGAAUGGCCCAACUUGGUUUGACAUAGUAGGGACAAAUCUCCACAAUAACGGUUUUAAUUGUGAAUUUGUGUGUUUCUACUAAAGACUCAUGUCUUAAACUGCAGAGAAGUAAAGGAAAGGAGUACUAUAAACCAAAACAACGAGAAAAAUGUUUUAACCUUUAUUUAUUUAUUUUGUGAGUAAAGAGCAUGUCAGUUUUUUUAUUAAAGCAUUGAAAGAUUUAUUAUAUUAUUUAUAAUAUUUCAACCUCCUAAUUAAACACCACGGGCCUUGUUAAUAAGAAUUUACAUCCAUUAAAAUUAUGAGGGGUUAGUUGAUUUUGAAACCUGCAAAAAAAGGGUAAAGAAGUGAUAAAAAUUAAAGCCUUCUAUUUUUUGCACAAAUAAGUGCCGCUAAAUCAAAGCUGCAAGCAGAGUUAAAACAUUGUCUUUUUUUUUUUAUUACAUUUUUUUUUAAAUUAUAGUGAUAAUAUUUAGAGGCAAUACUGCCCACCCCUAUCGGCCGCAUAUUGAUGCAGCAUUCGGUCAGUGCAUGGUGUGCCUGAGCAAAGCAGAGCCGGAGCAGUGUGGAGAGGAGAUCAAUCCCAUAUUCUGUCGUGCAAAUUAACAAAACGGGGGAGAAAGGAAACCGGAUCCCUCACAGGAACUGGAUCAUAUGGAAUGUACAGAAGCCAGGUCUAGGAGGUCACUCUUUUGCAACCGGUACAUCGCUAAUAUCUCUCUCAGUUUCAGUCUUUAUUGAUUGUCUUGGCCAUGCAAUAAACAUGUUAUCAGAGGUUUAGGCCUGCUGUCAUAUUUAAUGGCUUUUGCCAUUUAUGCACUAUUAUACAUUUUAUUUUAAACAAAUUUGUUUUAAGAUACAAAUAAAUAAAUCCUCAAUGGUGUUAAAGAUAGUUAGAGGUGGACAAAUGGAGGGGAUGCAGAUGUAAAACACAUGACAAGUCUUUAGGUGCUGAGACAGACUGAAGUAUUAUCUAUCUGACCUUAGAGAGGUCAAGGAGAAGGGUUACUGUAAGUCAGCAAAGGUGAAGUAAAAUAUUGGUCAGGCUGAAAAUGUUGCUCAGCUCAUUCUCAUCUUUCAUAUUCAUCCACAUGAAUCAUCAAUUUGAUUAUUGUUGUUUAAUUCAGUGAAUUUGCUGUCAUGCUGAUCGCUUGUUGACAUGCCUGUCAGGAGGGGCAUGACUUAAAGUAUAGUUGGCGCAGAGAAUUAUGGUUCAUUUUCCUUUUCUCCUCCAUCAAGGAUGUUGCAGUGUAGGGUGACCAUACGUCCUCUUUUACCCAGAUACAGUAUAUCCUCUUUUUGGGGGGCUGUCUGGGGGAGUUUGUAAAAUCCUCAAAUGUCCAGGGUUUUGUAUGGAAGUUUUGAGUUUGUGUCACACUGACUUACUGAGUAAGUAGCGCGUAAAAAAAAACACUGGACCCCACCUGAAAAACUCAAAAUUUACUACGCGACUCCGUGACUCCACCCCUGCGUAGUCGUGCCCUUUUUUGGGGGAUUCAGAAUAUGGUCAACCUAUACCAGUGUAUCCUUUGCUGAAGGAAGUAACAAAGGAAUCAGUGAACCUCAUUUCCUUGAAGAAUUGGAGAAGCUCUUAUCAUGGCCGAUGCUCAAAGACUUCUGGGUGGUUUUGCUCAUUUAGGAACCUUCCUAAAAAAAAAGGACUAUUCAAACAGACCCUGAGUCUUCGUCAUUGCCUCUGCCUCUUCUUCAGCCUCCUUCAUUUUUUGGUAGGAGGCACAAAGGCCCACUACUGUCCUGGACUAAUAACAUGGACUAAUAUAGUUACACUGUAUUAUAAUAUGCUUGUUUUAGCCCACUACAAUAUUCCUCUUUCUUUUCAAGACAGUUUUCAUCCUCACCAGAAUACUGUGGCAGCCCUGAUGUGAAUGUGGAUUUGUGCUCAGUGUUUAAACAUCAUCCAGUUCUCUAAUGGUUGAAUUUUUGUGUAGAUAAAGGCAGAAGUGGCAUUGUGUUACUUGAAUAGAAGGAGUAGGUGUGAGUACAUUGUUGUUUGUGCUGGUGGUAUCAAACCAGCUCUUCAGUCCCACCCACUUUUUCUUUAUGCUGCAUCAGCAUUACAAGAAAGCCUGCAGAAUUUGGCAACACAAUCCUGCCAUGAUAGCAUGAUUCAUACAUGGAAGCCAUUAAAAUAUCGCACCAUGCCGGCCAUGACCGCCUCGCAAAUUCACUUCACAGAUGCCCUUUGGAUCCAACUGUGCCCAGGCUGUAGCAUCACACCCGCAGCCUCCUCUCUGCUCCACAAACCUUUGAUUCUUCCUCCUUUUUACCUCCCUUCUCCUCCUCUCCUCUCUCCACCCCCUCUCUGAUUCCUUCUCCCUCUGCUUCACUCUGUGUGUCAGUAAAGCCAGAGAGAGAGAGAGAGAGACCUGCUUUCUGCUGGCUCUGCAUUAUGAGAGGGAGAGCGUGGAUGAGAGGAGAUCGGCGAGAGCGAGGGAUGUGAGAGAGUGAGCGCUAGCAGCAGUUAAGCAGAGAGUCUGUGCCAAGAGGAGGAAUGCAGCACUGCAUUAUGAAAGCCAUUGGAUAUAGGUCCAGCACUGUGUGAGCGAUAAAGCAGAAUCUAGAGGGUGAAAUCCAUCAUGUGCAUGCUGGUUAUUACAAUCUGAGCUGAGUAAAUAAUGAAUUCAUUACCUAUUAUCAUAUGCAUUCAGGAAUGGUGCAUCAAUUAUUGCUUUCUUUCAAUAAUCCCCCAAAUCUGCAGCAUUUUCAGGUGCUGUUGAUGCAUGAAGGUUCAUGCUAUAAACGAACUUUGUGCACUGCAUGCAAAAAUACCCCACAUCUGCUCAUACAGGGGGAACACCUCCUAUUCCCUGAUGCCUUGUGAGGGGAGGAGACUGCUAAUAAUCCAUCGUAGGGAGAAACAGCUUCAUGGACACAAAGUAAAACGCCACAAUCUUUGAUCACUCUGCAGCUUCUCGUCCAAAUCCUGUCAAAGAUUCAGAAAGAGGAGCACAAACAAAGGACAGAUCAGGGGUUUUAUUAGCCCUGCCAUGCAUGAUUUUUAGGUCAGCCCCAGGCCAAACUUUGCUCCACACACCUGCCUCUCUGUAAGCAGGAGGCUCCAGCCUGGCGUGGUGCUGUGUUUUCCUGAGCAAUUUUAGGGACAAAACUGAAUUAAGCUGCUCACUUUCAGCACCAUGAAGAGUUACUCUCACUGUGCAAAUAAUGUAGCUCAGAUCAUGUAUAGCAGCAAGAUCCACAUGUUGAUGGUGCAGUAUAGCAUGAUGUGCUCAGGUACUGAGGAAAUAUUAUAGCCCUACAGUUUCUGUGACUGCGAAUACCCUUUGAUUCAGAGAAAUGAUUAAAAUUUACCAAUAAUUCAAAACUCUGUGAUCUGGAAAAGACAUUGGAUUCAAAAGAAAAGAUUUUGAUUCAGUAAUAGAUUUCCUUUGUUCUGUCAGUCUAAAAUGGAGGACAUUUUUUUGUAAAGUGGGGAUGCAGUUCACAGUUGAGUGGUAAGAAAAGCAACAUUCAUCUCAGCCCAUAAGAACCGUCCCUCAGAGCAAACACUGACAUUCAAGGAGGGGAAACAGGAAAACCACUCAGCCAGGAAAUGACAAUCAUAAUGUGAUUUUUAAAGAGGAAACUCUGCUGGUUUUCACAGUGUGGGACAUACGCAGGGCCUGAGCAUUAAACAGUGUGAGGGUCCUGUUAAACACAAGGAACUUAAUUUUUCUCUUUCUUUCUUUCUUUCUGUCUUUCUUUCUUUCUUUCUUUCUUUCUGUCUUUUUUUUCUGUCUUUUUUCUUUCUUUUAUUCUGUCUUUCUCUCUUUCUUUCUCCCACCCUUUCCUCUUUGUUUAAAUGACACACAUAUUAGGUGGUACACUGAUUAGGCUUAUUCAAAAAUUCAAUAUAUCCUGGGUCUUGUACUGAUCAUCCAAAGUCUGGUCAUAUUAAGGGCCUGUGCACCAACAUAGCAAGGUAUAAGUAUCCAGGGUUACUCUUUCCUGGUAUAUUUGCCUUAAUUUGAUGAGGUAUUGAAGCUGAAAUCAGACAGGAAGAAGAGAGUGAGAUAGGACAUGCAGAAAUUCGUCCUCACCAUGAGUUGAACUAAUGACUGAUGGGACAGGGACUUAAGUCAUUGUCCAUGGGGCACAUGCUUACAAAUACUAGGUCAAUAUCACGCCUACAUGGUGCAUAUAAUGGACCUGUUCCAGGGAUUUUCUUUGGUUUACUCUUCCUUUGUCUGUAUAUUAUAAACACAACGACAAUGUCUGGAUAUCAAAGGUUUUUCGCCAAAGGGUGUGGCAGUGGCAGAGGGUCAAAUGUUGAGGUUUUUUCCUCUUAAAUUGUCAAAACAUCUCAGUCUUUGUUGUUUUCAUGUCCAAUGUUAGAUCAGGUCCAAAUGUUGCACAAUAGCUAUUUGCCCUAGUCUCAACAGGAAUACCAUUUUUUUGCCCUAGUCCCCCCCUGCCAACAGGAAAUGGCAUGUGUACCUCUCUUCUUCUGUUGAACAUAUUGACUGAAAAACUUUAAUGUGUCACCAUCAAACAGGAAUUUGUUUUACUCCAGUUGUGAGGGCUCGUUUAUUGCAGCUUGUGUCUUUAUUGUAUUCCCUUCUCCUUUAUCCAGAUCCCCAUUAGCUGCCACUAAUGCACUAGCUACUCCAAGCUUUACAAGUUUUUGAGGAAAAUGAAAAUGUUUUGUGACUGUUUCAACCUGAGGCUGUAAGACAGGUUACAAUUUGCACAUAUGCAUUAGUCACAUAAAUGUCAGUCAUAUGGCCUGAUCAGGCCAUCCCUUUUUUGUACGAUGCUCAACAUUAACCCACCAGUUUUUUUGUUUUUUUUUUUGUUUGUUUGUUUUCAUUUUUCAUCACUAAUCUACAGUAAAUGUAUAUCUCCUUUCACCUUGAUGCAGCCCCACUCUUGAUCUCAUGGAGAACUGACCUCUAUGCACGCACAGAUUUUACUACAGUGUUUUCCAGCUCAUCCUAGUGCGUGAUAACAGUGUAGGCAUAUAUAUGGACCGCUAACUGGACAGCCAAGUCUGCUGAGGAAAGUGACUUGAGUGAUUUGUUUGAAGUUGCAAAUAUGGGGCUGGUGAUGUUGAUAAAUCAUAACUGCAGAUAUUGUUAGAGAUGGCUGAUGACAUGUUGAUAUCUGUGUUUAUAAUUACAGUGUUUUGGGGACUUAAGUUACUAAACAAUACAGACAAACUGUUUAUGGUAGCAGGCAACCACUCAGUCCUUACAAGAAAUGUUAAUGUUACUUUUUUAUCAGAGGAGCAUGGUGGCCUUUAUGAAAGCAAACCUGUCCUCAGUUGUAGAUUGAGGUCCAUUUUGUAUCUCAUUCUGUUCUUUUCAGCACUUUGCUAGACUAAAAUAUGACUUUUUUGCUUGAACAACUACAUUGCAGCCAUCAUAGCCUGAUCAAUAGCUGCUGGUACAAUCCCAAAACCCUCUGUGUCUAUAAGUCACCUGGAUCACCAGAUAUGCAAAAGAACACACAUAUAAAUACAGGGAUAAAUAAAUGAAUAAAACAAAACAGAGUUUGCCUUUCAGUGCUAAAGAUUGUUAAUGUGAAAACGGAUGUGAUGGUAUUGAUAAAUUAUAGAUGUAUUGUGUGGUACUCUUACAGUCAACCCAACAUUCAAUCACUUUGUUUCUCCAGGAGGGUCAGGAGCUGAUCCAAGAGAAGCCAGAGCUACGUCCAGUGGUUCAGCAGAAGCUGGAAGAGAUCAGAGAGUGCUGGUCCGACCUGGAGACCACCACCAAGGCAAAAGCCCGCCAGCUCUUUGAGAACAACAAGCCCGAGCCAGCGGUGAAGAGCUACUCAGACCUGGACAACCAGCUCUCCCACCUGGAGCAGCAGCCCCCACAACUGGAGCAGGCCCACCAUCUGCCCACCUUCAAUGAGCAGCUCCAGAAGUUUCAGGCAAGUUUCAGGACCUCCAGAGGUUUCACUGUGAUCAUGACAGAAAUGGGCAGGGUUUUCUUUAAGCUCAUUUGUCAUGCUUUUCAAAUGAUUGUCCUUUAUUUUUCACAAGUGUCUGCAAACAGUUUUUCUUUUGAAAUUCUAUUGCAUUUUAGACAGAAAACUAAAACAAACCAUGCAAACAUCAGGCUGGUUUACCAUGCAGACACCGUUUUCCACCAUGAGUUUCAAAGCAUUCAUGACAUGAGACAGUGAUAAACAAAACUUAAAAGACGUACAGGGUAUCUUUUUAAGUCAUUUUAGUGACUAAAAUAACAAAAUUCUUUCUUUUUAUUGGUCAACGAGGUUAUUUACAUAUUUUGAAGGUAAGAAUGAAAAUACUCUACCAAAAGCAAAAUUUACACAUUUAAGUUUUUCAAUAAAGUCACAGGUACUGCAAAUAAAAGUUACAUGUGUAUAGAAAUGAAAAUACUCAUUUAGUAAAGUUGCACUUUUCAAAGUUUUAUACCUAUUAUAAUUGUUCAUGAGUCAGGCUGUCUGCAUCAGUUAAUGGCUUUUCAAGUGAAGCAAUUCAUAAUUGCCAACGAUAUUGUAUCAAUACAUUUCGGUCAUACAUCAGUGUCACUGAAAUGUAUUAGUAAAUUUAAUACAGUAAGAAAGUGCAUCUAAUACAUUACGAAUGAAAGUUCUGUGACAGAAAUACUGACAGGUAAAGAGUGAAAAGUUACAAUCAGCCUCUGAAAUGCUUUGGAUUGGAAGUCAGAAGUAGUGUUAGUCCAAAUAAAUCAGAAUCAGAAUACUUUUUUUAUCCCUGGGGGAAUUUAGGUAAACACAUGUAAAACAUAUUUCAUUUGAAUAAUUUCAUAGGCGCUGAUAGCCUGGUGGUCUAAGUGCCCCACACAUAGAGGUUAUAAUCCUUGUCCUCAAAGCAUUCGCUGGUUAGAUUCCCCACCAGGACCCUUUGCUGCAUGUCUUCCCCUCUCUCUACUAACACAUGUGCCCUGUCUCUCUUCAGCAGUCCUAUUUAAUAGAGGCUGACAAGCCCAAAUACACAAAAUGAAGAAAACGUCUUAAACAUGAUCUCAAAACUAAGGUUAGACUUUGUGAUUUUGGCACAGUUAGAGCUCAGUGUGACAAUUGUAGGAUGUCAGGACCAGUCACCCUGAAAAAUCAACAGUUUCAUCUCUGGAGUGUGUCAAUGACAAUCAAGACCAGAUCUGUUAGUUUUUUUUUCUGCCUUCUAUGGUUUGUCCCCCACAUCACUGAUGCUGAUCAAUGAAAGUCACCAGCGUGAACAAACAAAUGUGAAGAUUCAUACAAGCACCUAAAAUUCUUUGAACAUGAACAUUUGCAAAGAUCUCACUUUACAACAUCAAUUUAGCUAUUAAAUAUUUACAAUCAAUGUUUUCUCACUAAGCAUUCACAUAUGAACUGUUGCCCUAUCUGUAAAUUAUGCCCCAUUUAAUCCUUUUAACGAAGUUUCAGCCUGCUGUCAAAUAACAUCAGAUUAUUUGGCAAUAACUAAGUGAUGAUAAAACUGCUCUUUUGGUGUGUCAUGGAUUCAAAAGAUAUAUGCUGCAAAUACAGGUGAUAUGGGCAGCAUGAAAAACAGCAGAACAACAAUAGAGACUGUGAGUAUUGUUAACUUGCAUUUUGCUCCUGGCCAUAACAUAUUGCUUUCAUGAUUUUAUCAUUAUAUUGAUAAAGUUGAAAUAAAGCGGAGAAACAAAAUACUUCAUAAACUUUACUAAGAAGCACAAUGACUUUACACGUCAUCAUCCAUUUCUAAUAAUAUUACAUUGUGAUACAUUAUCAGUUCUGUUACCUAAACUUCUUUGGAGAAUACAUUAACUCAUUAGUCGACUGUCUGUCGUGCUUUUAUUCUGAUAUUUUCAGUUUUAAAAAUGACAAAUCCUCUCUUAGGUGGAUGAUUUAGCGAGCUCUCUGGCAGUCAGCUACUUCUACUUUGUCUAUUCUCUGUUUCAGUGUGAAGGACCACUGCUAUGAUGUCACUGCAUUACCAUCUGCUGUUUUUAAAGCUGCGUUUUAGUGUUUUAUGUUUUAAAGCAACAGUCACUUUCAACACUGGUAUAGUGUAAAAGCCCAUUGUCAUGGUCUGCAGUAGUGUAUCAGAUUUUUUGGUAAAAGGCUGAACCAAGUGAGUUCAGUUUUGGUUUGUCAAACUGUAUUAAACUUUAAGUCCCACAUUAUAAGAGAAGUGAUUUUUAUAUUUUUUUCUUUUACAUAUUCACAUAUAACACACCACACAUUUGUCUGGUGUAAUCCUUGUAUUUUUCAUAUAAUAUUUCAGCAAAUGUUGCAGAUGGAAAAACCACAAUGUCAGCUCUUUCUAAUAUUGUGCUGCCUCUUAGAUUUCAUUCAGCGCAGUGCACUUGGUGACUCUCAGGUGCCUUUGUGGGCUAACAUGAUGCUCACAUACCUAUUAUUUUAGUCAGUGUAAUGUUAAAUGCAAACUGGCAUGUCUAACAACACUGUCGUGUUAAAUAAAUGAGGACGGUGAUUGAGGAUUUAUUCAGCAGAACUCGUGAUUUACUGACUCUGGCUACAGGAUUUACCAUAGACUGUAUAAAGAAUGGACAGAGUCUGCCUCCUUGCUGGGUGAAGCCACUCCGAGAACAGCACCCUCUGUUGAUGGGCUGCAGUAUAGGUCAUAAAUCCCGCCUCCACCAGCAAAGCUUGUGGAGUUGUGGACAAACUUUAGAAAUUUACUACACAGAACAUAAAUUUUUCUCCCCCUGCUUGUAGUGUUGACAUGUAGUUACAGUGAGGCUGGUUUGUGCUCAAGUCCUCUUUUUUCUGUGAAGCUCCGUUUAUAAAAGUUAUUAGGGGGUUCAUGUUUUCUAUGAUUGACACCUGAUACAGCCUAUGGGCGUUCAGGGAUUGCGGGAUACGCUGUUUGAGCCGAGCGUCAUUACAGGGACUCUCGGCGACUGCACACCCGAAUCCGCGCAUCGCUACUGCGCAGCGCCGGUUUCAGGAAAUAAAGAAAAAUCCCGUAAUUACCGAGAGCUAUUUGGCUUCAAAUCCGUAUACAGGCGGUAGGCGGAACCAAGUUGUCCAUAUAGUAUAUACAGUCUAUGGGAUUUACAUGUCAACUAAUGAAGAAGAAGAGGAGUGCUGCUUUUCUUUUCAGACUUAACUGAAAUGCUUAAAACAGCAGGAUUUUCCAAUGAGGGAUACAUUUGACUGUUUAGGAAGCAGGGUGUGUUUUUUUAGAUAGAAAACACUAUCGUUAGGUGUACAGGGCUUCAGUGAAGAGGAGAGAGGCACAGCUUUAUCCACACAGGUCACCAAAAUCAACCAAAAUAAAACAUUCUCAUUGUCAAAAUAAUUAUGAGCAAAAAAACAUGUUUACUAGUUAAAAAUGUAUCUCAUGUCCCAUGGCAUUUCAGACAUCAAAUGGAUGCAGCAUCUCUGCAUCAAAAUUCCACUGAAGUUAAGCAAAUGGAUUUUAGUUGUGCAAUAAGUACAUCUUUAGAUCUCCUCUGUGGCAUUUAGCUCACCCACAAAGAUUAUUUUUACCUACACACACACACACACACACACACACACACACACACACACACACACACACACACACACACACACACACACAGCAAACAGUGAGAAACAUUAGUUUGACUUAAAGCUGUAAUGUGCCCUGAUGUUUGUAAUGUUUGUGACAGACUGCAAACAUCAGCUCAUGCUUGUUUAUAUAAUGUCUCUCAGCUCUGACAUGCGUCCACAGAGGCUGCUGCUGGGGCAACCUGAGGUUCAGUGGUAUUAAAAAAUGCACCAUAUGCUUUUUCUUCUUUAAAGUGAGGCACCGAUUACAUAACCCUGAAAUGUUCUGGUAGGAAACAGCUGAUGGGCUGUGUUUGUGCGUCCCUUUGCAUGGCUGUAACAUGACCUUCCUCUCCCUCUGCUGCAGGCCAUGGAGUCUCAGAUUGGGGACUUUUACAAGGAUGUGGGGGAGCUGGGAAGCCUGCAGGGGGUCUGCCUCCCCCAGCGAGGGCUGAUGACAGGCGACAGGGAAGGCGGCGAGCAGUCAGGCAUGGUGGAGACCCGCAUAGUCCGCCUCAUCGAGCCCCUGAAGGAGAGACGCCGCAUCCUGCUGGCUUCCAAAGAGAUGCACCAAGUCGCACAGGACCUGGAGGAUGAGAUAGUGAGUGCAUGCCCUGAGUCUCUGAUCCUUUUAUUCACAUCCUGUCAUUUUAUUAAUUCCCCUUUUGUUCAUCUGUUAAGCAAACAGCUGAAGUAUAUAAUAUUAUAAUAAUAAACUUUAUGUUUUUAUAUCAUUCUAGCUGAAAUUAUAAAAUUGAGAUAUCAAAAUUGAUCAAAUCCAAUGUCUUGAUUUAAACACUUCUCUAAAUAAAAAAGAUAUGUCACUGAAUAUAUUAUCUUGAUUUACAAUACUUCACCACCAUAAUCAGUAUUCUCAUGAGAAAUUCUGGACAACUUUUGUCAGAAAGGAUUAUUUGUAUGCAGGAAGUCUUAUUUGGUGAUAUCGAUCCAUUCUGAGAGCUCCCUGCUUCUCCAUAUAUGUAGGUAGAGCACACCCCCUCUAUGUUUCAUGUGUAUACAUGACAAGAAAAGGCAAGAAGAGCAGUGUCAAAGACACCCAGGAUUACAGAACAGAGGUGAUAUUCGUAAUUUCGAAGUAUAAAGAUGAGAGGAUUAGGGUUAGGGCUUAAUAAUUUAUACAAAGACUAAGGUUCGAUGUAAUGAAUUCUCUUAAAUACAGUUAAAGAUUUGAAACAGACAUACAUGGUUACCUGGCUUACAUCUUAAUUAGGACCUAAGCUUUCUUCAUGUUGGACAAGCAUCCAGAACUUCAAAUGUAUUAUAUGUCCCUGCACAGCAAACCUAAAUAUGACAGAAAAUAUGACAAUAUAUUAAGGAUAUAUAUAUAUAUAUAUAUAUAUAUAUAUAUAUAUAUAUAUAUAUAUAUAUAUAUAUAUAUAUAUAUAUAAAGCACUUAAAAACUGAAAGGUGCAUUUUGAAAUAGUUCAAAUUCAUACUAACAAAACAAUACAUACAAUAUGUAAAGUAGAAGCUGGAGUAAGUUGCAAAGCAGUUUGCAGAGGAAACAGGAAGAGUAGACAGGUUAAAGCUGUUUUAAUACAACACUGUCUGACAUCAGCCAACUGGAAGCUCAGAGGUGAUCAGCUGAGCUAUCAGCUGCUAUGGGCUGGUUUUAGAAUCAGCUGAUUCACUCUGGGCUGAGUUUGACUCAGUGGCUUGCCUGAACUAACACUUUGCUAUGAUAUGAAUAUGAAUACCAUUAUGUAGUAUAAAGUCAAAUAAAAAAAAUAUUUAUAUUCAGAAAUUAUUUAUGUUGGUAGUUGGUAGGAACAACAGGAAAAUAAUAAUCUAAUGUAAAGCAGUUUGGUUUAAAUAUCCUGCAGAGAAGCAGCUGCAGAUAACUGUUACGUUUGUUAUUUCUUCCUUGAGUUAAUGUUUUACUCAUCAUGUGUACUGACAAGCACGUUGAUCAAUUUGAACUAUUUUGGGAUUUAACAUUGAAGUCUUGACAUCAAUUAAGCAAAGAAAGCUCGGAUCUGUUUGAAGGAUUGUAUCAUGUUAACUACUACUAUAUGUAUUGAAUUUCCCUUCUGGGAUUAAUAAAGUUCUUCUUAUCUCAUCUCAUCUUACAGAUGUCUCUAUAGCUGUUACUGAGGUUCAAACAUUGAUCAUACACUAUGAAAAAUUUACUGACCUGCCUGUUGUUCUCUGACAGUUGUGGAUUCAGGAGAGACUUCCUGUGGCCUCCUGUAAGGAUUAUGGGAAUAACCUCCAGAGUGUGCAGCAGCACGUCAAGAAAAACCAGGUGAGCUGCAGUCAUGAUGUUGGGUUAAUCAGCUGAAAUGUAGGUGCACAGUCUGGGAACAUACAGAGGAACCCACCAAUAAGGAUAUCAUUACAAGUCUGUUCAUCAGCAUUGUCUAUUUUUGAGCUAGAAUUAAAUUAGGCUUUCUGCACGUGGAUAUCUGUUUACACCUUUUUGACCUUGAAAAGAAUCUGCAAUCUCAGUUAAUUUUUGCCCAUUGUGUUAUUAAGUCAAAACCUGCCUCACCAAGCACUGAUUUGUUUCACUGGCAUGAACAGAGGUGACCUGGCUGGUUGAGGAACUGAUGUGACACACUGUCCACUAACCAAGAUUAAAUGCAGCAAUAAAAAGCUGAAGAUCUCUCAGAUUGACAUUGUCCACAGCCCGGCAGUGUUAUCUGAACCUUGAACACUUUUUUAAAAUAUAUUUAAUUUUAUGAUACACAUUUGUUAACAUCAAUACUGAAGCCAGUCAGCAGGGGCCACUCCAUAUCUUUUAGCUCUACAGUCAGUAAACACCUAUGACAUGUCUUGUACAACCUGUGGUCUUUGUUCUGAAGCUACAUCCUUUAAGAAGAAGAGCAAAUGUGUCACAUUGGUGCAUGAUGCAUCAGGUGCAUCCAAACAUGAGGGCAGACUUAGGAGCUGAUGAUGCCUGUGUUUGGUUUCAUCUCAGUGGAAUAACAAUAUAAAUGUGUGAAAAAGGCACACAACAUGACUCCUGAGUUUGUUUUUGAAAAUGAUGGUGAUGAAUGUUGGAUUACGUGAUUUAUGUCAGAUAGCUAGCCAGCUAUUGACCAGUUACUGUGUCAGUGCAGGACCAAAUGAAAGUGCAAACAGGAAAUCCUACAUAGACAAGACGAUCAUGUUUCAGUUCAGCCGAGUGGUCUACAGAUUACACUUGAAGAAUCCUAGCUCUGAAUGAAGACACAGCUUUAGAGUCCGUCAUUACGGGGACUUUUUGCCGCAUGUAUAAGUCUGCCUUAGCUAGAUGUUGUGAAUAUGUAACCCUAGUUUCCAAAAAGUUGGGAUGUUGUGUAGAGUGUUUAUAAAGACAGUGUUUGAUGGUUAGCAAAUUAGUCAGAGUCUAUAUCUAAUUAACAAAUUGUGCAAAGAAAACACAUGAAAUGUUGAAACUGGAAUACUUUAUAGUUUAAUGAAAAAUAUAUGCUCAUAAUAAAUCUAAUUGCAAAAUAAAUCUCAUCAUACCACAGCACAGUUGUCUGUUUCAUCUCAGUCCAUCUUAAAGGUCUCAGGCCUAAAGAAGUUAUUCUCAUUUCUGGAUAAUUUAUUCUUGUAGGAUUUCCUACAUAGUACAUUUUUAACCUGCAUUUUCAUCUUAUUUAAGUUCUUCUUUCCACUUUAAAUAACUGUUGUGCCAAACUAUAUUUCUACUGCACAUGUACUGAAUAUUGGCACAUUGUAAUCUGAGCUCAAUCUGGUUCUUAUGACUAGAUCAUGGCACUGGUGAUAUUCAGAGCACAUCUUUCCCUCUCGUGUGUUAUUAAAUGAUAAUGGUAAAUGUUCUGUAGAGUAGUUUGUACAUCAGCACACAAUGAGAAACGUUUUCAGUGAGAUGGAUAAAUCCGUAAAGGCUGAUAUUGGCCUAAACUAUCACCAGAAUGAUGAGACUCUGAAUCCUUCCUCUGUCUGGUCUUUCAGACUCUGCAGAGGGAGCUAACAGGGCGACGGGCUCGUGUUGAGGAGGUUCUGGACCGAGCAGGGAUCAUUGCCUCCCUGAGGACUCCUGAGGUCGAGUUUGUGCGUGAGGGGGCGGGGCAUGUGCGCCAGCUGUGGGAGGUUCUGCAGCUGGAGACAGAGAGGAGGGCUGUGUUGUUGGACGCCGCGCUGCAGUCUCAGCAGUACUACAACGAGGCAGCCAAAGUGGAGUCCUGGCUGUCAGGACAGAAGCUUCAUCUGGCCAAUGAGGAGAAAGGAACGGUGAGGUUAAACCCUGAAACCAAUGUCAUGAGUUUUCACUUAUAGUGUGGGUGAAGACUCGAUCCUGAUUGGCUGUAGAUUGUCUCUUAACUUCAAGCAAUUGUUCAUCUACUAUAUUGAUCUGGUUUUAGUGCCUGUUUUCCAGACAAAUUGAGUGCACUUUCUAGAUAUCAGCCUACAUGAAAAGGGGGGACAAGGUCACAUAACAAUCCUUCAGUUUAACAGAUAAGGCAACAAGAUAACAGCAGAAAGAUUAAAUGAAUUUCUUUAAGCCCAGUGUAGAGAACAUGACAACUUUGAAUAUCUUUUCUUUCUAUAUCAACAUCUACAAAGUUUGCCAUGAGAUAGUUCGGCUUACAUAUCUCCCACGAUAUCAGCAACUGGUUCCAUUAAUUCAACUAGGAAACAUUUUUAUUGAAUUAUCUUGAAUCUUAGUGAUUGAUAGUGACUUAUCAUGGUGUGUUUAUUUGAAGAGUGGGUUAAAACUUGUUAAAAGUCCUGUUUGAUAAACACACAUUUUCCCAUGUCCAGUGAUCCUCUUUGGGCCAAGGUCACUGUGACAUCACUGUAGUAGCUGAAGGCAAAAAGAGCAAAAUUAGAGUGAGCCACGUCAUGUUGUUGGGUGCUGGAAUAAGAGCAGUUAUGGUUAUGUCUCAAAAUUGAAAUUUGUCGGUAUACAAGCCUGUCACUGCCUGUCAACAACAAUGAGGACAGCUUUGGUUGAACGUAAAAAGCACAGAAGUCCUGUUGUAUCAAUGGAUGUUGUUACAGUGUCUAUUAUGGGCUAUGAAUAGCAUAUGGGCUACUACUGUUUUGGAUAGCAAAACAAAAUAGAAAAAAAGUUUUUAUAUUAUUGCCAUAGUAAUAAACCUAAAAUAUAUUAUAGGCAUCUAAGGAUUUGAACCCCUCAGUUUUUCUUCACUAUCAGUCAAGUAUAGAUGUUUGGCUGUUCUAUCUUUAGAAGUGCAUUUAAAUCCUCCAUCAGUCAGGCCCCUACUAUUUGUCAGUGUUAACUUAUUCAAGCAACACUCUUGAUCCCAAACAUGGAGUCGCUUUAUGAUAAUGAAGACCCGUGUUGUCUUUCCCCAGUGCUGGAAACAAGCCAAAAACAAAUUCCUAGCUCACACUGCUUAACAUGUCUAGAGGAUUGCUCUUCCUUUAGCGAAAGCCCACCUUUCGUAAAACAGAAUACCAAUUCCUGACACCAACAGAGUCUAUACCUAUAACCUUCUAUAUUGUUUUUGUAGACCAUUAACUGACCAAAAAACGUCUCUAUUGGAGGCAAGAGGCCCUGGAAUUGACUCCUAGGACCAAAGAAAACAAUGUUUCUUUUUUAUUUUUAACCACAUCUUGUCAGCUUAAGUCGGUUCUUAAUUUAUUUGAAGGACGUGCUGCUAUAACCACAACUGCAUUCUGUUGUUCAGGGUCAGAUUCUGGAUGAUAUAUGUACCAUACUAAAGUGGGUUCUUCUGGAGCACUCGCCAUGUUUGUUUUGGUGUUUUUCUACCUCUGCAUCUGCACCGACUUGCACUCAACCCCCUUACACAAUUUUCAGGUAGCCAAUCAGUGCAGUACCUCAUUAUCAAAGCAUCACCCCCACUCAGUGACAUUGCAAGAAAUGAACUGCCCAGAUUCUAUAUCCAUCAUCAGAACCAUCUUGCAAAGCUUCAAGCUGAUACGCUUGUUCCUGGUCAGACAGUGGCUCCACCAAUCAGCAUCAUUUGAGGAGAAAAAGGUGGUAGCUAUGGCCAUGUUAUGUCAUGGCGGCUGUGAACAAUGGAGGUCUGUGAAGAGAUGAGUGUGUUUGCAUUUUUUGUAACUGUUUGAUCAUAACCAGGGAGAUAUCCUCAUUAGAGGUGUAUUGUAAAAACUAAGUGGGGAUUGUUGUUAACGUCAUGAACAAAUGCUUGGUAAAAUAGAAAUAUAGUUGUAUAAUUCCUCAUUAGAUGAUUGUCUUUGGACUAAAAUAUAGUGACUAGUGCCUGUUAAGCUUGCCUCAUGUAGCCUACUCCUUUAGGACAGUAGCAAAUACCUACAAAGUCAUGUUUUGUUGCUCUGUUUGGCCUGUAAUGAAUGUGGCAGACAAAACAUUUGUCCAAUCACCCUCUGAGAUUUCUUGAAGAGCUCUGCCCUCCCUAAACACGAUCUAUGGGGUGGUGACCGGAUGGAUGUGAAAUAUAUAUUCUAUCAUGCAAUGGAUAUGUGAAUCAGUCAAUCCGGGGUAUCAGGUUACCCACUCAGAUCAGUGCAAGGAUAAUAAGGUUAGAAACUGAGAGGCUGCAGAUCCUUCACAGCGGCUGGAUUUGCUGCUUUUUUAUGCGUAUUUGAUGCUUUUUUGAAACUGAAAGAUAACCAGGACAUGUUGUAAACAGAUUGAAAUACCUUAAUAUGGGGCCUUUAAAAACCUCAUAAUGUCUGUUAUCAUGACACAAGAGUUUAAGCCUGUAUUUAGAGUUUGUAGCUAGUUAUGAAGCAAGUGAUGCCUCUUUGUGACCCUACAAAAGCAGCACCUGGCAAAAAGAGCCUAUGUUUCCCAUUUUCCACGACAAAUAUUUACAUUCAGUGAUAAAUGUAAUAGAAAACAGAUGUCAGGAGGAGAUUUUUACUUUCAGAAAACACUACUUCCAUGAACAGGACAAGAUCAGGAAACCUCUUUGUCCACAGGGGGCACCAAAAUUGACUCAAACCGAUAACUCUUUACAGAAGCUUUGAAUGAUUCUCCUAUAUUUCAGGAUGAGGCGAGCACUCUGCAGCUGCUGAAAGCCCACCUGACCCUGGAGCAAACUGUGGAAACUUACGCAGAGACAGUGGGCAUGUUAUCCCAGCAAUGCCAGCAUCUACUGGAGCUUGGGCACCCAGAAAGGUGAAGCAUGAUUCACAGUCUAAUAAGCCUUAAAAAAACGACAUAAAUGGUCCAAAAAUGGAGAAAUGUUUAAGUUUUACAUGCUUCAUACACAGAAAACUAAAUCAGGAUGUUAUAUCAUCAAGUUUGUGUUUGUAACAUUAAUUUCACCCUACGUUUCCACAGUGAGCAGAUCACCAAGCAGCAGUCGCACAUAGACCGGCUGUACGUGUCUCUGAAGGACAUGGUGGAGCACAGGAAGACCAAGCUGGAGCAGCAGUACUGGCUAUAUCAGCUCAACAAGGACGUGGAGGAGCUGGAGAAGUGGAUCACUGAGCGGGAGGCCGUGGCCAGUUCCACUGAGCUCGGGCACGACCUAGAGCACGUCACGGUAAGUCAGGAAAUACAUUUCAGAUCAACAGGCUAACAUCGUAAGUGUAAAUCUAGAAGAUGGUUAUUUCUACUCAACUAAUCAAUUAUACAGGUUUUCUUACAGCCAUCAUGAAGCAUUCAUGAAAUUAUUCAUUUCUCAGUUUCUCUGCUCUCCCCCUCUCUCUCUGCACUUUCCCAUGUAACUCAGCUAAUGAUGCUCUUCCUCUUCGGUUUACAGCAGAUAUGUUUUAAAUAUAGGAAUAAAAGGGACUGUAUGAUUUUGAGGCAUAGAAGUGGGAUUAAAACAUUUGGAAGAAUUAAAGAUUUUGACAAUUUUAAGGAAGCAAGAACAGCCUGUAAAAACAGCUAUAAAUGAUGUCAGAGAUAAUCUGAAGAUCUUUAGCCCAAUGUGUGAGUCACACACUUCAUGUACAGAGGCUUUAGUCCUGAAGCAGGUGGCCCUGGACCAAAUCCAGUCUGCAGUCCCUUCCCUGCUUGUCGCUACCUCUCUUAGUUACUUGCUCUGACCACUGUCCCAUCCUCUCCAAUAAAAGCACAAAAAUAUGUACCUUAGAAAAAAAUAAUAAUUAAAUAUUUUUUUAGAGGCACCACCCCGGGUUUUGGGUCCCAUGCAAAGAUUGCAUCGGGCCGUACCACUUCACUACCUAAAACUAUAGCAGCCUGACAAUAAUACACAAUAAUACAGUGAAUAAUACAGUGGUCAUGAAUGCUAUAGUCUCUGUGCAGUGAAAUGAAGAUGAGGCGGGAUAACCAAACUUCGAAGAACAAAAGUAGUUGAUUUCAAAUGGUCUUUGUCUUCAGGUUGUUUUCUAACACUCCUGGACUAGACCCACCUUACUAAGAAAGACAGUGAAAGACAUGCUGUCAACCUUUCUUUUUUAAUUUAUUCCUCUUUUCUAUAAUCUCGACAUGCUGCUGCUCUCUUCACUCCUCUCCAAAUGUGCACUUUCCAGGGCUGGGCUGAGUCAUUUUAUGUAAUUAGAGGAGGAAGUUUGGCAAUACAGAGGCUAUCUGGAUGUAACUUUUUUUGCAUAAACAAUAACAGAUUAAGAAAAAGUUAUUUUAAUAAGUGCACUAAGAAGAGGGCAUUUACAUUUAAAUGUGUAGUAUGGAUAGAAAGAUGUACCAUCAUCUUCUAGGGCUUCUUUUUUGUCCUACAUCCUGAGAAUCCUCAUGGCUUUUCUCCCCCAUGCAGCAUCCCUGUGUGUGUGUGUGUGUGUGUGUGUGUGUGUGUGUGUGUGUGUGUGUGUGUGUGUGUGUGUGUGUGUGUGUGUGUGUGUGUGUGUGUGUGUGUGUGUGCCUGACAGGCCAAAGGCUCUGAGCUGAUAUUUUAACACUAAAUUACAUCUCUACAUUUAUAUUGCGUCAUACUUUCCUUCCGCAAGCCACUUUAAAACCACUGAUGACUGACUUGAUAAUAAAAACUAAAAAAAGACAAAAGAGGAGAAGCAGUUUGGCUGAUGGAGACACAGUAAACAGUGAAUCCUUUAAUGAUUGUACAGGCCUGCUCUGUGACUCCUUUUAACCGAGCCGCCUUUCUGACUCACUCAUUUAAGAGUCCUGCCUUCAUUUAAGCGAUUUAUUUUCUCUUAAAACAACAAAAAACAUUCCCAGCUCCAACUUUGUGUCAAAGACUAGACUGAUGCCCCAUUUGGACAUGAAUGUUAAUCUCAAGGACUUAGUCUCAUUUAUUUCCCUUUCAUUUGACAAAAGAUUGCCAUGUUUGAAGUUUUAUUUCACAAGAAUGCUUCACUCAAAAGACGGUUUCACAAGAAUGAAUUUUAGCUUCAUAAAAUGAUCAUUUCUAAAGACUUGGUAACUUCCUGUGAAUCCUUUCAUGUCUGUGAUGUCUUCUUAUGGGAUUUUUGUGUUUUAGGUUCUGCAGGAAAAGUUCACUAAGUUUGCCUCAGAGACAAACAGCAUGGGUCAGCAGCGCAUGGAGCAGGUGAACAAAAUGGUUAACGAGAUGAUCGAUUGUGGACACGCUGAUGCCGCCACCAUUGCAGAGUGGAAGGACGGGCUGAACGAGUCAUGGGCAGACCUGCUGGAGCUGAUGGAGACCCGCAGGCAGAUGCUGGCGGCGUCCCACCAGCUGCACAAGUUCUUCACCGACUGCAAAGAGGUACAGUCAAAACAGCAUCGGCCCAUGACUCAGGUGUAUCGCGUUAUCAUCAAAGGUAGACAGUCUGGCCGUGGCAUGUGGCUGCUAUUUUUAAAGCGCUCGUGACGUUUCUAUCCUGCGUUGUAGGUCUUGGCUCAGAUCGCGGGGAAGAUGAAGCAGCUGCCAGAGGUGAGGGCGUGCCAAGCCAACAUCACCAACCCGGCCACCCUGCAGAGACUGAUGCACUCCUUCGAACAUGCCCUUCAGCUGCUCGUCGCUCAGGCAAGUGUUCUGGUUCCUCCGUGAGCCCAUCGCUCACACAGUAAACCUGCUGCUCACAGACUCAAGGAUGAGAGGAUAAGAAUUCAUACAAAAUUACUUUUGAUGAGAUCAAUCACUGCUCACUGACACAGAAUAACACCGCUGUCUGCAUACGUUUGUGUUCAGAAUUACAGUUUUAUUUACUUGAAUUACUAUCAUAAAUCUGAGCUCAGGUUUUGAAACUCUGGAAAACAAAUGAGCAGCUUGUCUUUUGUUGACUUAACCAUCAGUAUAGUUCAUGUGUCCUUUGCAGAUUUGGCAGUUAAAUAACACCUUUUAAAAUUACUUAAAGAUCUUUGUCCGUUUAUCUAGUACUGAAUGUAUGGAUAUUUGUUGUCUUUAUCACAUAAGCUUACACAAAGCAUAUCAGAUAUUAAAAGCCUUUGUUCAAACCCAACUCUUACUGUUGCUUCCUUACAGCACACAGCCAGACCAAUAAUGAAUUUCUUGCUUCUUUCAAAACUUUAUAAGUAAAAUAAAAUGAUGGUUCUUUAGACAGGAGACUUUGAUCUGCCUCGCUUUUGCAGUAGGCUACUUGCAGUUGUCAUUUAGAUACCAUACUCACUUCAGAUUUUUUGUUUUGUUUUAAUAUUGUCUUUUGGUUGGUUUGUUCUGUCAAUGCCAUAGACAGAUUCCUUCAAGAGAGACGCAGUAUUUUCAAGUACUGCCAUGCAUGUUUUAGAAGCCAUGAAGGUCCUGCACCAAACUAUCAUAUUUUUGAAAACAUUACAAUUUCCCUGAUAAAUACCAGUGUCUACAGCAUGAAAAAAAGAAAUAUUUGGUAUAUGGUCACAAUAUAUCUUUGGGGUUAGAGUUAGAAACCCCAAACUGAGAAAGGGAUGGAAUUUUUUAAUGCUGCCGUCCAGGCAGAGUCUUUUUCAGGAAGGGCUUUACAUGUUUCAGCUAGACAAUGCCAAACCAAAUUCUGCAUGACUUGCAACAGUUCCUCUCUCUUGUAUUUUUCUUUUUUUUGUAUCUGUUUACCAGCAACAGCUUUCAGAGAGGCCCAAAUCACAUUUUGAAGUGAAUUAUGUUAUCACAACAGCUGAUCUUUGUGUGUACAAGAUUUGUCACAGUCCAAAACUAAAAUAAGGCAGGACAACAUCUACAGUAACCAGCUGCACAUGACUUUAAAACGUCAGUUUUAGAAUAAUGAAAAAUGUUAAAACGGUGGAUAUUACUGGGCAGCUGAAAAUAUACUUGGGUGGUCUGCCCAGGUAUCUUUGUGUGGGAAACACUAUUGACAUUAAGUUAGACUGUGUUAAUGGUCGCUAUUGUAGAAUUUAAAAAACUGAUUUCACACACAGAUUUUACAGACGUGGAUUCCAUCAACAAAUAAACUACUUUCAUUUUUAGUUUAUAAUGUUUGUUGACAAUCUCCAAAACCUGUAAAUCAAUUCAGUUCAAAAUAUUUAAUAAAUGAACUUUCUUCUGCUCCGUUUCUGUGUGCAGGUGAGGCAGCUGCAGGAGAAUGCAGCCCAGCUAAGGACCAUCUAUGCUGGAGAAAAAGCUGAAGCCAUCAUGGUGAAGGAGCAGGAGGUGAUGGAGGCGUGGAAGGAGCUGCUGAGCUCCUGUGAGGCCAGUCGAGUCCAGGUCACCUCAGUGACUGAUAAGGUCCAGUUCUUCUCUGUGGUGCGUGAAAACCUGAUGUGGAUGGAGGGCAUCAUGGGGCAGAUAGGAUGGGAUGAGCCCAGGUAAGACCCAUGAUACUUUUGUUCAGCUGCAUGUCCUUUCAUUAUUCUGUCCUACCUGAUUUUUUCAAGUUCAUUUGACGUGGAAAUUGACUGGAAAUGGUAUCAUAGAAUGGUUUGCUCAUAUUGUAAGAGGUUUUUUUUGUUUUUGUUUUUUUUGCAUUAAACUCAAAAAGCUUAAAAAUAUCAUAACAUGCAGUCAACUUUUCAAACAGCUUACUUGAUUUCAGGCAUUUUAGGACGUGAAAUCACACGAGAAGCCCUCGGGAUCCUGGGGGACUGUUCAGUGUGACUGUUCAGUGUCUGAACGUCUCUGUGGUUUUGAUCAGUCCCCGCAGACAGGAUGUCAUUACUGUAAAGUAUAAAUGAGGCUGCUGUGUCACCUUGACCUAAUUUCACGUUACAUCUGUUCUUCAAUUUUGCAUAUUAUGCAAUGAAGUGCUAUAAAUUCCACACUGUUGUAUCUGCUGCAGGUUUGGUGCACUUGUUUAUCUGUUCAUGUAUUAAUAUUCAGAUUAACAUUUAGCAUUUAAGGACUGAUAAAGAUGUAAAACAGGUCUCUGUUCAGGCACAUGUUCUCUAUGGAGCUUUACAGUGAGGGGUGACGUGCGCUCAGUGCGAAUAUAAGGCUAGUAUUUUGAUAAAUGGUUCUUGUUCCAAUUUCAGAACAUUUCCCUUAUUGUAGACUUAUCUCAUUCUGCUUCAAACGUCACUGAGAUUUUCACUAAUAUUGUUUUUUUUUCUCACGUGUGUUUGACAUUCAUCCAUCAGCAGUUUGUUUUAUUGAAACGCCCAGUAACACAGCUCAGUGUCCUUGUAUUGCAUUGCAAUUAGUCUAUUAUUACAGAUGCCUAUUGUAUAGAUGACAUUUAAUGUCCCUCUCCGAUCAAUUUUGUUUUGUUUUUUUUAACUUGGAGUGUUAUCAGUGGUCUUUUAAUUGUAUUUAUGAUGUCCAUGUAGAUUCUCAUUCAUGGUCAUGGUUAUCUUGAAGACUUAAAACAGGCAACUGGACUGUGUAUUUAUGAUGUUUUUUGAAAAAAAAAAAAAUGCAUUACCUGCAUCAUUUUCAAAGACUUUUCUCCUGCAGAGCUCCAGUAGAUCAUUAGCAAUUCACCUCUGAGUCGUUGGUGGAGACAGUGCUGCUCUGCACACUACUCUUCAUGCUAACUUGCAGUCUAACAUUGCCGGUGUAGUAGAAGUGGCAGAUAACAUAGCAGCUAUUCAGCUCUCAGACACUCAUGUCUUUGGCAGCAUGUUGAAAGUUAAUAUCAUAAUUAGCUUUCUUACGAGAAUUGCAAUCUGCUAACACACACAGUUGUUCCGCAAUCGAUCUCUCUACUUUUCCGAGUCUGGCCUGCAUAGCUGGGCUCUAGGGGCGGAGCUUGAAUUUGCUACAUAGGAAAUCUCACUGUGUCUGAACCUGCCGUUUGGGUCUGCCAGAGAUUCACAGCGAUUUUAAUGCAGAAAUACUCAGAAAUGCAUUUUCUCACUUACUUUUCUCAUGACAUGUCCUGCAAUAUUAGAAAAAUGCCAUAUAAACCUGUAGACAUCAGGAAAAACAUGAUUUUCAUCAGAGUGGGUUUUUAAAGAAGAAUACAUAUAUGAAAGUCAGUCCCACAAGGUGACCAGAGUGCCCUUGUAACCCACCACAGCUGAAACCCAACCACAUUUGGCAGGUUGGCUGAUCUUAAGGUCCAAGCAUGAAUGUUUUGGCCAUCAAAUAGUUUUCACUCACUACAGUAUAUCCCUCAUACCAAAAUGGGCAGUGAGGCAGUGAUUGAUGAAUAAAUCAAUGACUAAUGUUAUUGGCACAAGUAUUGUAUUACAUGUUUUUGACUGGUACCCGUGUGAAUCAUACUUUACCCUCAUAGGGAUUUCUAACAACGUUUGUUACUUCAUCUUAUCUGAAUAACCUGAUCAAUCUCUCUUCAGGGAUUUAACGGCUCUGGAGGGGAUGAUGAGACAACACCAGGAGCUGAAAGCCAAAAUUGACGGCCGCAGUAAGACCAUCCAGCAGUGUGCAGAUCUCGGCAAGAUCCUGAUCGCUGCAGGAAACCCUGCAUCAGAGGAGGUCAGGCUAACAAAGAGCAUGUGUUUGACCAUCCCACUGACCACAAUGAAUAAUAACCUGAUUAAGACGUAGCAGUAUGUUGUUGUGGUCAUGGCUGCAAUCUGUCUGCCAACACAGAUACAAGAGAAGCUGGACAGCCUUCUGGCCAAGCAGAAGGAUCUCAUAGAGAAAUGGGACAAACACCAGGAGAGGUUACUGCGCAGUGAGUAGCUCAAACUGUGAUUUUUUUUAACCUUUUUCCUGCUGUCAUGAGUGAAACAUGAAUCUAGUGUUCUGUGUUUGACAUGCCAAGCAUAAUGUUCUCUACAAUGUGCAUGAGAGCAUUUGAUAACAGGUUUCUCCUUGAGCCUGCGUCAAAAAUGUCAUGAUGGUAAAUGUGCUGCUGGUCUGCUGUCACCUUUAGAGCAGGAAAACUUCCAGUUCGCACAGGAGACGGUGAAGGCGGAGGCCUGGCUGAAGGCCAAGGAGCCGCUGAUCACCUCCAGGGAUCCGGAAGGAGGCGAGGCCCGGGCCCAAACAGACGAGGUUGAGCAGCUCAUCCUUCGCCACGAGGCCUUCCGCAAGGCUGCUGUAACCUGGAAAGAACGCUUCAGCUCUCUCCGCCAGCUUUCCGCAGUAAGCUUGACUGUAGAUAAAUGUUUAAUCAGUCUGAUGGUGGAGUCACAAUUUAAUGCUGCUACAGGAAAAAAAGUGACCUUGAGUGGUUGUGUUUGCUUAGCAGGCAUGUGCGCAUGCCAUGAGUUUGCAUCAUAACGGGAUCAAAUCUGUCUCGUGACUCUUUUGCAUGUGUUUUUUUUUCUCACUCACUGCACCUCAUAUGCCCUCACGCCUCAUCGUUUAGCUGAACAGAAAUUCCUUAUGACUUGAUGAUGCUGUUGACCUUUUCUUUAGACCUUUGACCCUUUCAUGCAUGGUGUUCACGACAGAAAAUGAAGACUGAAUGAGCAGAUAUAUAUUAUUUGUGCCCCAAACAUCUGGGGACACAUAAAGCAUUAUCUUCAAACUCAUGUGGACAAUGGUAUACUUUAAUUGCACUGAUUAGGGGAAUAACAUGUGACAAAAUAACACAUAUUAACCAUGCUUCUCAAAAAAUAUAUGGUUUAUUAUGAAAAAAAUAGGAAGUUAAGAAAAAAUAUUAGGUUUAGAUUUAUUUUAACAUGUCUGUCAGCUACACCAGACAGAUGUGCCAAUAGAUGUUAUUCACUUAUGAGGAUUAUAUUCAAAUGUCCCCUUAUUUUGUACUUUUUAUCAAAUAACAUGAUAUGAUUUACAUUUGAAUGACAUUUCCAAGAGCAGUGUUAAAAAGCCUCAUAUUUCUCUAUCUAUUUCAGUGUUUAUUAUUGCAUGAACCUUAGCAAUAACAGACAUUUUUUUCCUUGAAAUACAUCCAGAAAAAGUGAUAUCCUCUUUAAUUUGAAGGCUAGCUGGUGAAUGGCAAUAUUCAUUAUAAAAGACGUUGUGACCACAUGUCCAUAAAGCAAGAGUACCCAUCAUGGUUGAGGCCAGCUGUAUCUCACAACUACAGUGUCUGGAGGAUUAAAGAUGGAGAGACACAGUGAUUGGAGCUGAGUCACACAAAAGUAAGACAAGUUACCCCAAAAACUAAGGUAGAGUUAUGAUGGUAGAAUUAUGAUGUCAUCCGUCACCACGUGUAAUGUCUGAAGGUGGGAAGCACAAAAAGAUCAUCUAUGUGGCUUAAAACAAAAGAAAGAUCAAUACUGAAUUCCGCCAUCCAUGUAAUAAACAGCAGGUUAUCGUUAUCAUUAUUUGUUUUUUUAUGCUUUUAUUACUCAGAGAGGUACAUCAGAGGACAGAGUAGGAAACCAGGGGAGCUUUGGUGUCCAAACAACAUUUACCUUGACUCAUUAACAUUAAUUAUUCAGAGGACACUGUUAUCAGUUGGAGAAAAUAACAGCAGCAGUUGUUUAUUGAUAUUCUCAGAAAGUAACGCUUUUGUCACAUUGAGAAAACAAAAACAGUAAAAUAGACGUUUCAUAACUUUUACCUACAUCAAUUGAUUUGAAAAGGCUAGCAUGAAUGAUCAGGUCAUCCCUGGUGUAACCUCUGCUAUGUUAAAUAAGUAUACAUUGUCAUUGGUUUUGACCAAUCAGAAUUUAGUACUUCGUGAUCAUUGAGAAAGUAUGAUAAUAAUUUUAUAAAAUAUUUUCAUUUUGCUUCAAAAGAUGCUGAAAACAUGAUUUAUCACAAGAUGCUAAGAACAGCAACUAUCUUGUUGUAUUUAAAAAGUUCCUUUUAAAUAAAAAUUAAAAAUUUCAAAUUGUUUUUCUUCAUCAAAACAUGAUUUGGUCUUCUAAAACUAUUUUACUGAGAAAAAUUCUUAGAAAUGGUGGUGGGGGUGGGGGUGGGUCUUAGGCGGUUGUCUUACAGGGUAUUCUGGCCAAUUUGGUAUUGUAUUAGCCCUUAGCAUUAUCCAAGUUUGCAAAGAAGAUGUCUGUACUUUCAUUUUGAUUUGAAAAACAUCAGGCAUGAAAGGGUUAACUGUGUCACUCUAGAGAUAUUAGCUGUAAAGUUACCUCUUUUUUUAGGCUGAGAAGAAAAAAGAGGAGGAGAAAAAGACAACACCACUCUCCAGUCGAAGGAUGUUCCCGUUGUCCUGCCUGACUCCCAGUAUCCCCUCAACCAGUGCUACCUCAUCCUUCUUGAGGCAGUCGGUACAGGGACAUUUAGAAAGCAAGCCCUUACAGACCAGCCUGGAAUUGGGUGCCACCCCUGCCACCCAGAGAUUGUCCUUGUCCAGCUUCAACCCUGUCCUGAACGGAUCAGGCUACCAUGGGCUUGAGCAGCAGGGCUGUGGAAAGUUGGUGGGUUCCUCGUAUCUCGGUAUGAACCACCCUGGAGCUGGAGCUGGAAGUGACUCGGGUUUCUCAGCCAUGACCUCCCACAGUGCUGGAGGAGACACAUCAACUUAUCUGGGGAUUAACCAUCAAACUGCUGGCAGUGCAGAGAGCUCUGGGUACUUUGGACUGAAUACUGGGUGUGGGGCUGGGAUGCAAAACCAUCUCAGCAGUGGCAGGUUAGGGAGUUCAGGUAACUUAGCUCAACAGCCCAGCGGUGGGGGGAUGGGAAGCCCAGGGUAUCUGCCUCCACAGAAUAUGGGAAGUUCUGGGUAUUUGGCCCAAACACAAAACAUGGGGAGUUCUGGGUACUUAGCCCAAACACAAAACAUGGGGAGUUCGGGGUAUUUAGGACAGCAGCCUAAUUUAGGGAGUUCAGGAUAUUUGGCACAACAGCCUAAUAUGGGUAGCUCUGGGUAUCUGGCACAACAGCCUAACUUGGGAAGCUCUGGAUAUUUGGCACAACAGCCUAACAUGGUAAGCUCUGGGUACCUGGGGCAGAAUUAUCAGAGCACUGGCAGUGGGGGAAUGGGCAGCUCGGGUUUCCUGGCACAAAAUCACUACAGCAGUGGAAGUCUGGGCAGCUCUGGAUUCCUGGCACAGAGUGGCGGCAUCAUGGACCCUAAGAUGGCAUAUGCAUGGCAGCAUCUGAAGGCUGACUUUAUGCAGCCCAGGAUUAACCACAUCCACAAGGCGGUAAAUCCUCUUCUGGAAGCCAGCAGAGUGCAGCGGGAACAGUAUGGGGACAUCCCUAUGGCCGACAUGGGGCCAGAAUCAGGGCUGGAGCUUCUCCACGGCCGACUGCAAAGGGAUCCUCGAGGAAGUCGCUCUGAUCCGCAAAUGGACCAUCUGAGGCGAGAGAGGGAGUACAAGUUGGGUAGACAGACCUCCAGUGAGCAGGAGAUCCAGGCAAGGCUAAACGAGCUACCACUGAUAGUACGCCAGGAGCGCUACCGGAGGCGCCUGGAGAGGCAGUCGUCCAGUGAACAGGAGGGGAGCAGCAAGCAGAGGUUGCAGAGGCAGGACUCCAGUGACCUGGAGGGCUCUGCAAAGGAGGGCUCUGACAAACGCUCAGGGUAUGUGAAUGAGUCCUGCUGUGACAGUUGUACAAAAUCUGGCUCACAGUUUGCCGAGUCAGCAGUGUCCAUGUGAUCCUAAUGAUUUUUAAGGUCAUGUAAUGAUGUGGUGAUUGUUUUGAUGACUCAUGUCUGUUGCAAAUGCAGGGACAAGAGAUCGACCAUGGCGGAGAUUGUAGAACAGGUCCAGGAGAGAGAAGCAGCACAUGUGAGUUACUCAACCUCCAACACUUAAAUAUUGUGCUUGUUUAUUUGAUGUCUAAUGACCUCUGUAGAUACUUUUAAAAAGACAGUAACAAUUUAUUCCUUUUUGAAUACUGAUAUUGUGCAAAUAUAGUAUAAAAUUGUCCAUAGUCUCUCCAUGACCAUCCUCUUGUGACGUCAUGCUCAGGACUGGACAUUAUCAUGUUUUAUUACAGUGCUUUUAAGUUGCAAAACCUUGAUAUUUUAGAUAACUGUGGUCUCUUAACAGCCACACAGACUAUAGAGAGAUGAUCAGGAGAGAGAUCAGCUUAUAUUUUGAGCUAGAAAUCACAUUUGACAGCCUAUUAGCAAACAUCAGAACACAGCUAUCAUUCAGCCUCUUACAACUGAACAAAAACCACAGGUAUGUCUGUACGCGUGUCUUAUUGUCAUUGUCAGGUAUAUCAUUGUCCAGUCCUUGUGUUCUUUUUAAUACUUCUUUUGAAUCUUAUUAAUAUAAUUAUCAAUUUGAUUAUUUAUUUGGGGGACGUUACUGGUAUACCAAUAAGAUUUCUUUUUUUUGCUACCAGAUAGCCUCACCAGGAGAUACUAAUAAAUCUGACAUUUGUAGUUUUAGCUUUUCUCUUCCAGCGUAUGAUCUCGUGGUAGCAUAUAAACCAUUACAAAGUAAAAUCGUGUUUAUAUAGUGUAGGUCAAAAAAAUCACUAAAUUCAAGACAAUGAAAAUGUCAAAAAAAAACACCACAGACAAUCUUUUAGAGAGGCAAUAUCUUAUAGUACAAUGUUACUUACACUAACCAUUACCGUAGUGGCUACUACUGCAAUGCAAAUUAUGUCAAUGCAAAUGCAAGAUACUUUUCCAAAUAAAGGUUCCCUGACAGUCUUGAAUUCUCUGCCAUGAAUUUUUGGAGCCAUAAAAAUCGUGAAAAUAAAAAUGUGUAAUCAUGACACAUCUGUUUCUCGGCUCACUCAGGCACGGGGAGAACCUUAUCGGCCUCCCAGCAGCCUCUCAGCACCCGUGACUCGUUUUGACGGACGUCCUCGUGCCAGAGAUCGACCCAAACCGAGGAGGAGGCCCCGUCCAAAAGAGCCUGAGGAGACGAGACGUUCUCGCUCUGCUCCUGCUACCGGUGCCCCAACGACCCCACAGCCACCUUCACACACUGCCCACAAUGAAGGUUUCCUCUACCGCAAAAAGGCCACCACCUCUGACCUCGAAGCUCAGCAGAGGAGUCCAAACAGGUACGGCUUUUCACAAGACAGUAAAACCAGUGAGGUUUAGCAGUGAACAGGUUAACUGAGGGACUCCUUGUCUCAAUUGAAAACUAGGAAUUAGUUUAGCAAAACAAUACAUAAGACAACAUUUGUAAGGAAUUGGUCAUGUUUUAAGUUAGCAAAGGGAGAAAUUAACUUCUUGUUUGUCUCUGCUCAUUGUUUCUUCAGAUUUUCAGUCUAUUGUGCUUUCAAUCUCUAGAAAGCAGUGAAAUGUUAUGAAAUAUCCAAUAUUAACUUAAAACUUAAAUCACAGUGUUAUAAGAGGACCUGAACUUCCCUCCAUAAGUGUAAAGUAAGAGCUUCAUCAGUUAGGUUGUAAAAAAAAUUGACACGUUCUCAGAACGUGCUACAAAAUAACAGAACCCCAAACAACACUGAAGCUUUUGUAAGAAAAAAUGAGUCUGUAGUCAAAAUUUUAACAUGAAUAGUUCAAUUUAUAUCCAAAAUUGUGUUCAAUCUUAAUUUUAUCAGAUCUACUUCAUGUGUUGUUUUGAUUUACAGCAAGUCCUGGGUGAACGUUUACUGUGUGCUGAAAGACGGGAAACUGACCUUCUACAAGGAUGCUAGAAACCACACCACAACAUACAACGAGGAGCCUUCAGUUGACCUCAGUAUCUGCUCAUUUGAUCCUACAAUGGGAUACAAGAAGAAGAAGAAUGUCUUCAUCCUGAAGUGAGUACUGGGUCAUCAUUGGUUUGUCUGUGGAAUAAUACAUGUUUCAUGUUGUUGUCUAGAUUUGAGCGAUUAAUAUGAAUAAAUUGCCUAAAGUGCAGAAAAUUCAAAUCCGUAGUCAUAAAAGUCCUCUGGUUUGUCAGAAAACUAACAUGCCUGUUGGUUUUUCUGUAACAGGUUAAAUGAUGGGAACAACUUUGCGUUCCAUGCAAAAGAUGAGGUAAGAGCACGCGAGUUUGUUGUAUGAGGGGGAGAGUCUUAACAUAUGAUAUAAACAGAGGUUUAGGUGUGCUGCAGAGACGUGAGUUUAAGGAAUAGCUAACAGUGAAAUGACUGCCUGAGCAGCUGAAACACACAAAUUCCUGAUGAAAUUCUAGAAGGAACUAAGGAAAAAACUCCUCUUGCUGUGCCGGCAGGUAUUUUUACAUGAUCUAACCAAUAAAGCCCUGUUUUUUGGGGUUGUAACAUCUUUUAAAAAGAUACGUGAAAAAUCGUGAAGUAAAAAUGUGUAAUCAUGACACAUCUGUUUCUCGGCUCACUCAGGCACGAGGAGAACCUUAUCGCCAAAACUUUAAAAAGCACAUUUUGUGAAGUGUCCCACCAAUUUCACAGUAAAAACUGAAAACUUAAUGACUUUCUUUGAGAAAUAAUCUCAUUAAACUGAAUAUAAGCCACAUUCACCAGACAAAAGUGUUAUUCUAAGAUUUGACAAGAAAAAAUGUGCUAAAUCUCAUGAAAAAGGUCUAAUAAUGUCCCAAUUCAAAAACAUUAACAUGUUAAUUUUGCCUAUCCAACUAGCACACAUUUUUUCACAUAUUUUACUCAUUUUAAGUACUUUAGGUACAUUUUUUGUUUUAUCUUUAAACAUGGUAAUGUCGUUUAUAUUGAACCUGAUGAUAUUUUUUGCCACAAGCAAGACAAAAACACUGAGAUUACAAAGUGACAUGAUGUUAGAAAUCACUAAUUUUUAUAUGAUAUUUCUUUUUACAUUACAAGCUGUCAUUACAAAAUGAGUCUCAUCAUGAGUCUCUCAAAAUAAACUCCAAAUAUUUGCAGGGUGAAUAAUGUACUUGUCUUUGAUGCUGUUGAUUAUUAAACUAGACUCAGAACAGAGUCACCAUAUUGCAUGAAAAUAAUAAUGCUCUGUGAUGAAAGAGGUCCUGACUAAAGUACUGUAAUAACUACUUAACUAUCAUAUCUCAGUAAAAAGAAGAAAAGCAACCACAGGGAUCUUUUGAGCUUAACAGAGGUGCGUACAGGAUAUCUCUUCCCAGGGACCUAGAGGUUUUUUACACUAUUUACACAAAAAAAUUCAGCUGACCAAGACAAACAGCAUGGUUAUAUUAGGUGUGAAAAAAGGAGGCAGAGCAUCCACAGGUUCUAUUUUAAAAUCAGAAGCCAUCUAAUGCCACAAUCCCUUACAGCCACCUGCAACACAACACAGCUGAAGACCCAACAGCACCAACUGCAGGCAGGGAGGGAGAACUACAUAGUCACAUAUACACAUGUGAAAAUAAACAGACUCAUGGUGUAAAUGUCAGACUGAAAACACAGGGCCUGUAGCUGUCUCUUUUUGUUUUAUGAAAAUACUUCAAAUUUUGGUCUCAUUGGACCCUUAACGUGUUGAUGUGAAUCAACCGGUUUGACCUGUUUCUUGGUCAAAUUGGACUCCCCAUGCAAAAAUGAAAGUCAUUACAUUUUCUGUUUCUGUUUGGUCUGUGCAGGAGGACCUGAAGGCCUGGACUUCAAACAUCACCACCUGUAUAGAUGAGCACGAAGCCAUGGCCAAGUGGGACAAGCCGGGGACCUCGUCCAUGGACCCUGACCACUCCGAGAGGAAGGAGAAGUCAGAGGGGGACGCGGAUGCCAGGUCAGAGCGGUCCGAGCUGGCCGAGGGGGAGGAGAGGUCUGAGAAGGAGAGGUCAGAGAAAGGGGACGGCUCGGAGAAGUUAGACACAUCAGAAAUCGCCGACAAAAUUGAGGGCGGGGCGGGGGGCUCCAGCACGUCUGGAAAGAGCAAAUGAGGAGACCCCACCCCUGUUUGUGUUUUAACAUUACUCACUGACUUAAGGCGUAGGAGGUGGUGGGUGGGGGGAAGGGAGGGAGGGAUGGUUGGAGAGCAUGUGCAGCUAGGUUUGCAGACCCUCAGUCACAGAGCUGGAACACACUGAGACCCCUGAAGGUCCUCGGACUGACUUAUUGUGACUGUGACGGACUAACCUCUCAGCCCCUCCCCCUCACCCAGGCAAUACAUCAGUGCUCGCAUUGUGCCACCUGCUGGUAGAGAGGAGGUGGGAUCAGACAGACAGACAGACUCAAAAACAGACAGACAAACUUCAACAAGCGGUCCCAGGAAUUAGCCACCGUCACGUCCCAUCGUCGAUCGUUUAACCUCUUGGAUUCACAGCAUCUUUCUGUAUGUAUCUUUGACUGAUAAUGUAAUGCUCUGUCUAGCUAGACAAAAACCAGAGAAGUGGUGAAUGAAAUGUUUCACAAUACUACAAAAAAAAAAGGAAAAAAUGUUUUUUGAAGCAAUAUACUUUUUUAUUUCUUCUCUUUGUUAAAGAGAGAAAAAGGGAAACGGAAAUAAUUGCAAAUGUGAACUUUAUGAUUUGUCACCUCCACGUAAGCUUACUCCAGGCAGUUGUGCACCUUAGACACUUGACACAUCUGUAUACUAAACAUAAAGACAUUUAAUCCCAUCACACGGCUAGCUUUGAAUCAUCUUAAUAUAAAGGAAUGCUGGUGUUACCCACCUGACUUCAUUGGUGUCAAUGAAAACACAUUUCUACUGUUUCUUUUUUUGUUUUUAAUAUGAUUAUUAUUUGUCCAUACCGAUUCAUGUCGAGAAAAGAGCUUUCAUUCAAAUUCUAACCUGAGGUGUGUUCAAAGUGACACUAAGCCUAUGUGACACAAUGCCUUUGUAUACAUGACAAAAAUCAGAACAUUGCAUGAAAUAGUCUAUUAGUGCACCUGUUAAACUUGCCUUUAUUUUGAUUUUCUUAAAAUAAUUUGGGCGGUUUGGAGUUGCAAUAAUUCAAGGUGAGUGGGGAGAAAAUCCAGAUGUAAGCGUGUCUUCUUUCCACAGUAAGCAUGAGAAGAAAGGUGUGUUUCUUUUGGGGAGGGGGGCUUGAUCUGUAACAUGAAUUAAAAAGCCAAAUGGCCCCUCUGCUGUUUGUACUGUAUUACUGCGAUUCAUUUUUCACCGAAUGUACUGAUUCCAGCUUUGAAAUGUUUCAUCACCACCGAGUCUGUGGUGCCCGAAAUUGUAAAAACCCCAACGCAGUUCACUGGGAGUCAAACCUCUCUGUACCCUGUGUGUUUUUAAGUUCAGACUGAUUGGAAACCUCUCCAUCAAAGGCAAGUUAAUGUAAAACUGUCAUGAUUCAAGUCAUGAAUUGUAUAUACCUAUCUUUGUAUGUAUACCAAUAAAUCCUGUGCUCUAAUAAAAACAAUACUCUGAACUGAAAUGGGUAAAACUAAAAGAUUUGUAUUAAUCCACAAAUAAAAACAAUCAUCACUUCAAUAUAUAAAUGUUUAUUACAUCUAAAUGAAGAAUAUGCAAAUUAGGAGUCACUAUUAAAUAUCAUAGUGUAUAUACGUACACCAGUAUCUAGUUGUAUGAAACACCUUUUACCAGGGAAGAGCAGCAGGACAUACUGUAGGUAUGCUUGUUGUAUUUUUAUAAGCCUAUAUUUAUUCAUAUCAGAGUCAGGAGUUGCCCCGCAGCCCCAAUAAGAAACUUGUAAUAAUACUAAUAGCUGAUUGAGUAGUCUGUGUGUCUGUGAGAGGUGUGCUAAAUUUAUAUAUUACAGACAAGAUUAUAAAAAACUGAGCGGUUCAGUACAUGCUGCUCUGGAAAAUCUAACUACUGGUGACUAAAGUGAUGUACAGUCUGCUGUGAUCACAGAGAUGAACAGGCAUUAGUCCACUUACUGUGUGUUUGUCAUUUCUGUCUGUUCUUUUUACAACAGGAGUACAAUUCAUGUGAGUAAAUGUGGUCGUUUCUACGGAAGCCCUGAGAGGCCACAAAGACAGAAAGACAUCCGUUGAUCUCUUUUUUGUGGCGGUCUCAGCUUUUUCCUCUUAAAAUAUUUAGCAAGAUAAUCUAUCUGGGUUACCGUUUUUCUACCAUCUGUGAUCAGAUUACCCCCCAAAUUUUGGCAGGUUGAAAAAAAGUCUUGCAUGGCAUUUUUUUUUUCUUUUUUUUGUAAUACAUGUUGUUUUAAUGCAAAUUCAAGCACCAAGAGGCUAAAGUGCAGCAAAAUUAAGCAUAAAGUGGAAGUAAUUGGCCCAUAGUAGAGAAAGGUCCUGACUCUUUACACUGGUUGCCACCUACCAUAAUAUGGAGAUGAAGAAGAAGCAGCAUUAGCUGGCCUCAGAAAAAAUGUUCAGGUAGUUUAAAAACACGAUUUACACUGAAUCCAAAAAUGAUGUACGAGCUUGAGCCUCUUUAAUACAUUAUACUUUCUAACCUUUCUUUUUACUGUCAUCAUUCAACUUACAAACCACUGGAAGAAGCACAUACAUCAUUUCAAAAUAAAAGCAUGUUUUUACUAUACAGAGGAUAAAGCAAGCAAAACUCAAGACUGUAAACCUGAGAAAGAUAGUCUGGCACUCCAAUGCUCAAACACAACCCUGCAGUUGGUUUAGAUUUGAAAGACAAAUCUUGCUCAGAGCUGGAAAGAUUAGAGCUUGACAGCGCCAACAGUUCAUCAAGCAGAUUCAGACACACUUUGUGAAGCGCUGAGGAAAGUGGUGAAUUUAUGGAGGUGUGAGCUUGGUGAUAUAAUGAUCUUAAACAAGCAAAAAAAAGGUUUGGUUCCUCCAAAAAUCUAGUUGAACAAGUAUUAUACUUAGCGCAAUGUCAUGGAGUAUUUAGUUGUAACUAACCAAUCUGUUAAACACAAAUAAUGAUUUUUAACUUGCCCAACACAAUCUAAUCUUAGCUGUUUACUUUUUUUUAUUUUUGUUUUUUAGUAGUGUUUUUUGUGCUGUUUUUAAGGAUAGGGCAGUAGAUUAAGUUGUAUUUAGGACAGAGUGGAGGCUGACAUGAUAAAGGACCAAGACCAACUGCUUCAUGGAGUUCAGCCUCCGUACCUGAGGAGUGAUUUAAACGCUAAGCCAAGUUUUCUCCAAGUUUUGUCACAACACAAGUUUUAUCUUCUACUUUUUUACUGCUGCCACUUUGUUUCACCUGCUUAAACUUUUCUCAGAUGGAGAAAAACUACUCAGAAAAUUGUACAUAAUUAAAAUAUAUUUUCUCUCUUUUUUUAAACUUUUUUAUGUGCGCAAACAAUCUAAGAAGUUAGGGAGGAAAUCAUAUUUUCUAUCCAUACUUAUGUAGAGAGCACAGGAAAUGACAAAAAUCAGAUCCAAUUCAGAAAAUGGAUUGACAGAUUUCUUCAAUUCAUUUGUCACUCAGGGCUUCCGUAGUUCCCAACACAUGGCACUCACAUGAGAAACUGAGACAGGAGCACUGUGCAGUAAAGCACAGACAGCAGCUGAGACAGCAGCUGAGACUAAAUGUACUUCCAGUUUGUUUUCCCUUUCCAUCCUUUCAAAUUGCACCUCAAAAAUGUAAAAAAUGACUUAAGAAAGUCUUCCUUUCUAUAAAAACACCAAAAGUUGAUCUCAGAUGCAGCCGUAUUUGAAUUCACUGACUUGAGGAUUGUAGUGACGGUGUUUCUGUGUCUGUCUGUAUCACUGCAGCCUUCAAAUGAGCUGAAUGAGAAUAGAUAAGCUAUGUACUGAUGUGAAUGUUAUUCUCAUUUUGUCACUCACUGUUUGUUUUUACAUAAGUGCCAUGUCAUGCAGAUUGCUAAAACAGGGGUUCAGAAAGAGAGAGAGCGACUGGUUAUUGAAAGAUGAGUGAGGUCUGACAGUGAGCCUGUCAUUGCAAUACACGUUUUUAUCACUGAAAUAGGAGCUGUAGUAUUUUCAUGUGGCUGUAAGUGUUCUGAUUCAUCGCUCAUGGCAAAUAUUUAGCCCGCAUCACCAUGUGCGUUUUAACUGAUUGCUUACCAUCACUUUUAUGAAACACAAAGGGGGAAUUUUUUUUCCACUAUGUUAUAACAGUAACAGUUGAAAAUCAAUAGGCAGCAUAAACCGUGACUGAAGAAAAAAAUAUUGUGCAAACUUUGUUUCCUUCAUUGAUGGUCUUACAAGUGUGUAUGUCUUUGUUACUUUACAUUACAACUUGCUGCUAUGACAUUAAAUAAACCUCCAAACCUGCUGAUGCAAACUUGACGUGGAAUUGAUGUGGACGCACACGCCGAUCACGCACACAAACAUUAAACAAAAACUGCUUUCACGUGUACUUUUUAAAUGCACUCUUGUAAAGUUUUGUCUCUGGAAUAGGAAUUUAUUUUUCAGGGGGGUUUGAUGGAGAUUGAUGGAGUGGAGAUUGACAGUUACAUGUGAAGAAAGAGCAGGGUAACGAGAGGCCAAGGUCGGACAGUUAGAGUCCAUCCAAGACCUGCUGGGUCAGGGAUUAGGCAACUGUACUUUUGGAAUAUGCUCUACCCAUAGACUGUAUGACAUAUGGACAUAGUCUCUGUGACUUCACCCAGUGGCCCCUGAAGAGGAGGUUUAAAGGCCUUUAUUGACAGAUGGAGGACAGUGGAUAGAGCAGGAAACAGGGGAGAGAGCAGAGAAUGACAUGCCAGAGGGUGGAAUCGAACCCAGGCUGCCAGGCUCAAAAUAAACCACUAGGCUAUCAGUGCCCUGUUUUAAAUUUAUUUUAGAGCUUUUAGUAAUGUAGAAAAUAUUCACCCUUUGUUUAGAGUGUGCAGACAUACAUGUAAGACUGUAUAUAAACCCACCACUUACAAUGCAUCCUAUUGCUUUUACAUAAUACUACAUCAGUUUUAUAAAGCAGUAUUUUGAGGCUGUAAGUGAAGUAUAAACAAAAAAUUAUAAUAAUUGUCCAAACAGUUGUCUUUAUUUUUCAAAAUGUAUAAAUAUUUCAUUUCCCCUAUUUAGCACUUCGCAUUUUUUUCUGUCUGAGGCAUACUGAAAGAGAAGUCAAAAUCUCCCCAGUGGUAAGAGGUGGGUUUAUAUGAAAUGUUUGUAUAAAAAAUGACUUAUUCAUACCUAAACUGUUUUUAGCAAGGCUUGUAACAUGUUAAAUUCUGCUGGAAAAUCACAUUUUAAAACUGAGUACAAAGGAUUUAUUUGCUUUUGCUGCCAGCCUCAAGUGGACAUUUGAGGAACUGCAAGGUUGUACACUUCUGCCUGGGCUUCCACACCUGAAGUUGCCCCUUGGCUCAAACCCCA